GGGAAAGAGAGAGAGAGAGAGAGAGAGGGGGAGAGAGAGGGAGAGCAGGAGAGGGGAGUCUGCCUGAAUGAUCUCAUCCCUCCAGCAGCUGCAUAGCGCAGCCAGGCGAACACGUAACUUUCUAUCAAACUUCCAAGUUGCCUUUCGGAGGAGAACACCGGAGCAUUUUCGCUUUGAACCGGAGAGGAGGACACGUUUCCCGCAAAGGUAAGGGAAAAGGGCUGCGCAGUUUGUGUGUCGAAGUAGCUACUGGACUUGAGUUGAAACAAAAGGAGGAAAACCCGCUUGGUAUUAUGUGACAUCUGAAAGCUUGAGUGAAAAAGGAGAAAAGGUGAGUGGGAAACGUAGUGCUGUCUUUGUGAGGGGUAUAGUUUGUAGUACAAGGUGUAUACACUAACAUCUGUCGGCUGUCUGUGGACAAAGCUUAUCAUUGUGCCGUGUCAAGGUGCUGUGUGGAGCCUCUACGCAGUGAGUGCCACUGUGUGUGUGAUUUUUUUUUUCUUUUUUCACUCAGUGGGGUUGGUGGUAGACGAAAAGACGAUUUUACCCAACAUUCAGUGGGGCUGUCAAAAUGUAUGUAACCGCUGCGUCGUUGUUGCUUUAUGUCAAGGGCAUUGUUCCCAGCACUGCUUAAGGUAAUCGAUUCACAGGUGGUACCAUGAACACAACGACAAAUAACUUCAAUGUGUGGAUGUCACCUUGUGUAGCAGUCUUUUUAUCAUUUCAUCUUUCAAUAGGUUUUGGUACAGUCUGCACACGAGGGUAGAUCACAGACAGGUGAUUUCCUCGUGCCACAUCUGUCUGGCCCUGGAAGCUCUGAUUUGUCCAUAGCAUUGCCUGUUUAUCUUCUUCAACAAAUUGGAUGAAGCUGGUUGGUUGUUGGAUGUGGUGUACAGCCUAAUCAAUAUGUCAUCUGAGAUGUAUUCUGUCCAGCAACGUGUCCAGUCAUUGUACCAUUGGUUUUCAGUCAGGUAACACUCAAUCAGACUCAUCUUUGAGAGACUGUUUUGACACAUGGAUCACACCAGCCCUGGCAGCGUGAUAACAUAAGGUCUGGCAUCACAGAGACACAAUGCAAACAGAGAUUUGUUUGGACAGUCAGGAACAACCAGGGACCCGUGCCAACCUGUUCAAAGUUCAACAUAUGCAGGAUUGUGUCCUAAAUUUGCAUAUUUACAUGAUAUCGAGUGUGUCAAGCCAGGGCUCCUGGAGCUCAUAGCAACCUGCUCCUGUAGCUGUGCUUAUUGGAUAACUUGGCAGGAGUCAGGUGAAUUAAAAGGAAGCUUUUGAGUUUGGCUUUUGGGCAGAGAUCAAGGAUUUUCAGCAUUCUUGAUAGGCUUAGCUGACCUGGCAUGACUGAUCAUAGAGCUGCACUGCCAUUUUUUUUUAUGUGAGUCUAAUCUCAGCUUUGUCGCUAAAUCAAAGCUAUUACUCAAAGUGGAAUGCAUCUUUUUUUGUGAUUGGAUUUAUCCUAGAGAAUUAAUUUCAUGCAAAUGCAGCAGGUUUAUAUUGCAGUUUUGGAAUACAUCCAUUCUUUGUUGUAAUCUGCCUCAAUGGGCCUAAUAGUCUGUUUUUGUGCUGCUGAGGAAAAUACCUUUCAGAUUCAAGGCAUCUCAUUUACAGAGACUAUUUUAAAGCCAUAGCAGAGGGACAUCCAUAUGGCUGACAAAUGAAGUCCUUCGACUUGCUUUUUAUAGAUGCAGCUUUUAAUCUGUUUUAUUCCUAGAGAAGAAAAAAACAACUUAUUGCUUCUCACAUUUCUCAUCAUUAUAAACAGUCCUCCCCCUUGUCUUAUUACCAAAGGACAGUGUUUCUAUUUCCACCUCUGCAUCAUCUCACACAACAAUAACAAUUGUUUUUGUCGUCAUUUGCCGUGCUCUCAUUUUAAGGUGCCCACACGUUCACAGAGGUUUGCUUCCUGUUGCUAUGCUUAUGUUUCUAUUGUUUCUCAUGGCUUGGCUCACAGGGAAUAGCUCAGCAAAGAUAAAAGACAACAACAACAAGAGGAGCAUUGUGCAACUUUUUAAUUUGCCGCUCUGGAAUGUGUCAUCUGUAAUUAUACUAAGUGGCCAUCAUUAAUUUAGCCUGAAGUAACUGUUUAUGUCCAGUGCACAGCGUUGAUUGUUGCUCUUGGUUCUUUUACGGUCUUGGUGUCUCAAAUGGACCAAAUUGUAGCUUCCAGUAUUUAAAGAUAAAGCCGAUGCAGAAAUCCCAAUUACACUUCAUAAUGAUCUUCCCAUUUUAAAAGCAGAGUCAGAUAUAUUGGUACAAAGUCUGAGUUUGGUCUCCAAAGCUCAUUUUCUUGUUUGUAAAGACUGUACGGAGCUUGGUUUGAUUGUAUUGGAUUGAUAAUCAGGCAUAAACUAAGGGUAUGGCUAAUUUGACUUUGCUUGUGUUUAGGUUAGCCUCGAGCUUGUUGGACUGAAAAGUUUCCAACAUGGGGACAGCUUCUUUUGGGCAUCACAAGACCAUGUUUGGAACCAAUGGGUGACGUCAGUGUGAAAGCAUGUCAAUGCUUUGCUGUCUAUGCUUUUGACCGGGCAAUUUUUGCUAUAGGUAGAACAUAAUCAUGGUAUGGCAAUAAAAUGUAUACUGUUGUCCUGACCAUGAGAUACAGCCAUUGUGAUGGGGUACUUUUCCUUUUAGGGUUCACAUAUUCAAUUUAAUCAGUUCAUUAAAUAUUGUGAUUGUUACAUCAGUUUAUCAUAACCUCAGAAUUGCUGCAUAUUGACACUGUCACUUUAGUUGGAAAGGUAGUAUAAAGUUUGUUUCCAUUUUGCUACCUCAGGAUUUCCUCUCUAUGUUUUAUAGUGAUUUGCUACUGCUUUGGUACUUUCACAAAUGAGGGUGGAAAUCAUAGCGUUACCCAUGGAAUGUUUACGAUAUGGUGGGAUAUUAUAUGGUACAGUAUGGUAUGAUACGUAACAGUGGUACAACUUCCAUUACUCAGUAGUCUUAAUUCAAUCUUUUGGCACCGUAAGAGCACUGAUCGUCUUCUGUGUCAUGCUGGUUUGUAACCAUAGGAUUGCAUUUACAGUUCCUCAAUAAAAUGGGCUGUAUUUUUCAUACAGGUCUCAUGGACCAGGGAGUCAGGCUAUUGCGGGUUUGCCAAAACUUUAGUUGCAUACAUGAGUGCAUCCUUGCUCGUUCCUUUUGUCUGGUGUAUUGAUAAUUGUAUCACAGAGAUCAGGAUGACUGUAUGUUGUCACAUUAAUAUUUAUUUCCAUAUAUGUUCACAAAUUUUUUUGAGUACAGGAUUUUCCAGACUACUUGAUCUCACUCUUUUUUUUUAAUGUGCAACUUCUCCUGACUUUCCAGUCUUUAGUUUGGGCCUCUUCCGCAAACAACUUCCUAUCCUUGGCGGCAGGCUAGAAGGCAUAUUAAACAGACCUUGAGUUGUGUCCCUGGAUGAUCUAGUACACUAACAUGAUGACCAAUGUCACUUACAAGGCCAAGCUCCCUGUGCGUCUCCGACAGACACAGAAUGAGUCACAUGUGCAUGAGGUCUGGUACGAUAUUAAAGGGGAAGCUUUGCGAGUUUGAAAAAUGAGUGAUGUGUCUCACUGGUAUUAGUCAGCUCAUACGCUCAAGUCAAAUGACUUGAUGAUAAUUUGCCCACCGGUGUUUUUUUUUUUUUCACAGGACUGUCUUUUUUGUGGGUGACUGACAGGGUCGAUGGGUUUGACUGUAAUGAGGUGUGAAUACUGGGUCCGCAUUUCCUGCUUGCUAAACUGUUGGAAUGCUCUUUCUUUGUGUGGAUCGGACAGGCCACCGUACACCGGCCAAUGAAGGAAGGCUGAGGGCUCGGAAGCUACAAUGGCAGUGAUGUAAUCCCUUUUCAGCGCUCUGACACUGAGUAAAUGCCUGCAGACAAUGGAAAAAUCCCCUCCUCUUCAUCCCACCUGCCAUAAAGUUUGGGGAAUUUUUGACCCUGGAAUCACGACCCUGUAAUUAUCUUUGAGGGAGAUUCUUUAGGAUUUACUGAAACUGAGGCAGCACGGUAUGGACGCAGGUGCAAAGUGCUGCUUUUGUCUUGGAUCUGAAUUCGUCUGACUGACGGUCGGGUCUCCGUGUGGAGGUUACACAUGCUUGAGAGCUAAAGCAACAUCUCUGCAACUGGUUUCUGUUGUCCUGCGUCCAACUUUUGAACUCCUUACCAAAACCCACAGUCAUGCAGAGAUCAGACACUGAGAAAUUUCCCUUUUCUGCUCCAAUCAAACCUCAUACAUGUCCUAAAAUAGUAUGACACAACACAGAGGUUGCUGAAUAAAAGAUUAAAACAUUUUGACGAACGACCACGACAGUUCAGAAAACUUUCCGUAAUGAAAUGUGGGAUCGAGCUGAUGAUGUGUUGCUGCAGGCUAUCUCUCCGCUGCCACACGCUCAUGACGUGCUCGGUAUUGUCUGGACAUGUCUGCCAGUCGCUACACUGUCUCUCUGUUUGGCCUGCUUACUCUCCCUGGAGCGGAUUACAGAACUCUCUGCUCGGGGAAGAAUCAAAACAUCAAGCGGAGCUGCAGGCCCCGUGCCCCAUGCCGAGCUUAUGUGGGCAGCGGUGGAAAAUAAUUCCACAUACAAAAAAAACAAAAAAAGAAAACACAUAGGUUUGUGCUGUUGUCCCUCCUGUGGACAGAAAUCUGAGAAGCAGGCAGGAAUGCGUGAGGGCUUGGUCAUGGCUGAGCUCAAAACAGAUCUCGAUGCAUAGACAGGUCUGUUCAGCCAGUCUUCAUUCCUGCUCAUGCUUACAACUGUUUUUGUUGCUUUCAAGAGCCUUUCUUUCCUACACGUGACGUGUAGUAAAACAAGAAUGCAGGCAAAACAAAAACACUGUGAGGCUUUUUUUCUCCUUCACGUUCUCUAAAACACUCAAAGCAUUCUCGCUGUAGUCUAUGUUGCGCUUCGUUUCCUGUACUGAAAGUCAAAAAUUCCUUCCUUAUACUGCUCCUAAAUUCCACAUCCUUUGCUUUGGGACCAGGGAGUCCAUUUCCAUCCUGCCGGUCCCUGCUUCACUCUGAGUACAGCUGAGUACAGGGAAGAAUAAGUCCACUGUGAAACAAAGGCUGCUUUUUUUUCUAGAUUCAGAUGACUUUUUAAACACACAGAAUCUGUAAGUACACCAUAUGAAAAGUGUCAGGAAUGUGCUCCUCUUAUUCUUCAUGCUGUGUGAUCUUCAAGUUCUGUCUCAUUGCCUCAUCUUUAGAAAUACCCAAAGAGUCAUAUGUUAAAAUAGUUUAGCUUUACAGUAAAAUACAUCAGUACUUUAUUUUAUGAAUUAGGCCACAGUCCUCCCUAUCCCUAUGUUGCUUCAGGUGCUGGGGGCAGAUAGGGUUGACUAAUAACAAACAUGGCAGCUUUCCCAGCCUUUCCUCUCUUGCUGCCUGUUUCCUGUAUGUUUCAUUGAUGUGUUCCUGGAUACACUGCUGGCAGGCAGCGCUGCUGUGUGAGAAACAUAUUUGAAAAUUGAAAGCUGUUAUGUAAAUAUGGAUAACCUGCUUGUGUAGACUGCAAGCAUACAUUUAUUAUGGGGUUACACAAUAGAUUGCAAACUAAGCAUUAUUCCAGUUUGUGCUGUUAUGAUAAACCCAUCGAGUCUGCAAUAUCAGGGACUAACCGUCGAGUUAAAAGCAAGAGAGGUUUUGUUUUGUUAUAGAAAAAUAGACUUGUACAAAAAAAUGAGUGUUGGUUUUUAAUCACAUAGUGUCACAAUGCCCAGCAUAAGUCAGUAUACCCCCUAUUUAUUUUUAUUACUUAAAGUGUUCUCAGGGGUCUUUAAAUUGUGAUCAUUAAGUUUUUACCAAAAAUCGUGUAACCUGUGUCAUUUACAAGGGCUUUUCUCCCGCAGAGCUCCAGGAGAUCAUUGGUAAUUCGCCUCUGAGUUGUGGGCGGAGACUGCUCUGCGCUGCUCUGCACACUCCUCGUCACGUUAGCUAGUAGCCUAACAUUGCUGGUGUAGUCGAAGUGGAAGGUAACAUGGGAGCUAUUCAGUUCUCAGACACAAUGUCUUUAGGGACAUGAUGAAAGCUAAUAUCAUAAUUAGCUUUAUUACAAUGAUUGCAGUCCGCUAACGCACACGCUUGUUCGUCCACUGUAUUUCUCCUCCAUAUGCAGAGUGUGGCUUGCAUAGCGGGGCUCCGGGGGCGGAGCUUAGAUUGGUUACAUAAGAAAUCUCACUGUUUCUGAACCUGCUGUUUGUGCCUGCCAGAGAUUCACAGCAAUUUGAAUGAAGAAAUACUCAGAAAAGCAAUCUUGCAUUUAGUUUUCUCAUGAUAUGUCCUGUAGCAUCAGUUAAAUGCCGUAUGAACAUAUAAAAAACAAGAAAAACAUGAUUUUCAUCGGAGUGGAUCUUUGAAAGUAAUGUAUUACUCAAUAUCUAGAUCAGCAAAAGUACACUUUUCAAAGUUUUGACAAAGCUGAGUUUACCAUAACAUUUUAUUUACCAAAAGAUGAAAAUAAGGGUGAUAUGGUAACUAAAAUUUAGCUUUGCUCCCAGAACUUUGAUUGGGGUGUACUCAUUUUUGCAUCCUGAUUUUAAAUUGAAAAAAUACUAUUUUACUGCAACUUAAAAAAAAUCUUGUUUCAAUCAAUGGCUGGGGGAGUAUUUUGUUGUAUGGUCUGACAUAGAAAAUGUUGAUUUUGAAAGGAAACUAAAGGUUUUCUGACAACUGUAAAGAGGUGUACUCAUUGGUGGAGGUGUACUGUAUAUUUGUACACAGAAAAAUAAGGAUCUCAACUAUCAGAAGAGUGGGGCCAAUCUGGGCAUUUCCUGGUUGAUUGUGAUUGACAUUCAGACUGAUCAUCUCACCCUGAUCCUUUUCUUCAGUUGUGAAUGAGCUCAAUUUGCACAGAACGCGAAGACUCAGGAUUUUCUUAGGCAACUGAAUUCCUGGUCAGUUUCUUCCUUUAGCCGAGUGGUUAUAGGAACAGCCCUCAAACAAUUUCAUUCCCAUUGUGUGGAUUAAAAUACUGCCAAACCGCGUUGCUCAGUUCCAUAUUUACCCAACAGUUUGGUCCUACAGUAACAAGAAUAUUCAGAGUUUGUUGAAAUGUGUGGUAGCUUUGGUGCUACCAAGUAAGGGUGACAACAAUCAGGUCCAAAACUGAGCUCAAAUCUAGAUGUUUCAGGGACUGCUGAUUUGGGAAAGCUUGCCGGAUGAGUUUGUAACCUUGUGCCCACAGGGAACCCCCUCCAUGUCAUGUUUAGAGGUUACCGUGUAACUGUUUAUGACCGCGGGUCAGUGGGCCAUUGUUAAUCUUGUCCAUAUGCAAAAGCUGUUGCACUGUAAUAUUUAUGUGAAACACCAUAAUUUAACUAAACCAAGUGCUUCCAGCGACAGUGUACCCUGUAAAAGUCUCUGCAGAACCAGCACUUAGAUCUGCGGUUGUUUAUCAUAGCUGUCAGUGCUUAGGAGUUGGUAAGGGGCUGUAGUGCUCUUCUUGUUUUUACACGGUGCUUAUUCUAGACUUGAAUGCAGAUUAGGACCAGGUAUCUUAUGGCUGUUUGCUACUAGGAGUUGAAAACCUGCAUCUGCUCACAUCCUGCUUUACUUGUUGUUAACCCCCUGCCUCAUUUAAGUCCUAAAUCAGGUGUUAAAAUACUCAGAACAUGUUAGGCACCCAAAUUGCAAAUGAAUGCCUCCAGUCAAAACUUGCAUGUUUUCCUCCGCCAUGGCUUAUGAGGAUGCGGCGGCUUGGUUAUUGCCGACCAGGGGGACAAAGCUAAUGGAGAGCGGGGGGUGUUAAUUGCCGUCAGCUCCACUCUGUGUCUAAAGACCAAGACUUAAAGAGGAAAAAAAUAAUUUGGACAGCUGUCUGAGUAAUAAAGCUCAUGCUAAUUUGCUCUCCUCCUGCUUUCAUGUAUUUUAAAAUAAGCUAUACUCGGUUAAAAAAAAAGGAAACGCUUCACUCUGGGCUUCUCUUUCACACAGGAUGUGUCUUGCACGCAUGUAGCUCUGCAGCAGGGUGAACCACAGUUGCAGAGCUGGUCAGAGCGUCCCAAUGAUUGCAUUGCAACAGCAGCACGCCAUGAAGAUUUGCACUGUGAUUUUCUGGCACAGACUUUGAUUUAGCGAGGCACCCCUGUUAUGCAACACUAGCUGGCUUAUCGCAGUCCAAAUGACUCUGUAUGAAUUGAUUAACUCUGCGGCCCGACUGUUUAUAAUUGGACUGGAAGUGCACUGGGCUAUGCACUGGACACGUGCCAAAAUCAAUGACGGGGAAACGGUGUGUGUGCAUAACUUUGCUACUCCGUUGUUGUGGAUUUUGCGUUCUCAUUAAGCCUCCUCACAUUCAGAUCUAUGAGUUUAGGCUCCACUUGGCAUUUCUGACAAAUAAUACUGAUCACUGUGGCACACCUGAGCUCCUCUCCUCUGAGUGCUUAGCUGGAAUUAGGCUGCCUCUCUAAGCUGUGCGGGGACAGCACAGUCAGCCCGGCUCCUCCUGAGACAUGGCAGAGAAUCCCCCAGAGGGUUUUCAGCAAGGAUAACAAGCCCUGCCUUUGUGGCCCCCUCCUUAUUCUCUGCACUGGUCCUUAUGUCAACUCACACUGAAGCUUUUCCCUCUUGUCCCUCGCAGUGCAGCACAUGGCGUUACCUUGGUAAAGUGCUUACCUGGCGAGAUCCUAUUCUCCCUCUCUCCUGCCUCCAUCUCUGCAAAACUCAAAAGGGUUAAUUACUAAAUUGUACAGAACGUCCUGUGCACUGGGAAGCUCCAUUAAUGUCAGAUGGCAGCACAGCAGCUCUUUGGCUAACGUGAGGGGAUAUUAAUCAAGCUUUCACCUUGACUUUAGCCUUUCAGGAUCACUCGCUGUGUUUUCCUCAGACUUCUGCUCUCUUAGCUGAGCGUUUAAUUGUUUCUAGCAGCACAACUGUUAUUAGUCUGUGGGGAAUCCUUGUACAGUUGAAAUGCAUCCCAUUAGGGCUGCUCCUAUUCAUCUAAGCAAUCAAAUUAUCCAUUUAGCUUCUCCCUGAUUGCUGCAGAGGUGUAUUUGCAGGCUAAGCAGCUGAUCGAUUGAUACUUGACUGAUGAAAAUGAACUCUAAAAAGGGAAGCGUGGGGCAUUUUAUGAUGGAUCUGUUUGUAUUCUCCGGGGGGACAUUUUAAAAGCCUGUGGUCAAUGCUGCUAUAGAGCUCAUGUUUCUUCUGUUUGCUCAGCAGGGUCCUAACCUCUCACAAACCACCUAAUCAAACAGCUGUUCCACCGUAACACCACUUCACAACAACCUGCCCAGACAGAUAAAAAGCACAAGCGAGCAUGUGAUUCCCAAAAAUAUUUCACUCUUAAAAUGCUAUUUAAUCCAGGCAAUGGGUUCUUACUGUGGGUUUUUGUUGCCUGGGAGCUUUCCAUGCCUUCACGGCUGCCAGUGUUUCCAUUCUUUCUUCCUGAAAGACUGUUAUCUGAUGCGAGGACUCGGUUAUUGUGUCUGUGUUUUAGCAACAGAUAGUGUUGUUAUUGUUUCAAGGCACAUAAAGGCUCUGAUUGUGUAUGGAUACCCUUGAUUAAUUCAAUGUUUGCCAUGAAUUAAAAUGUGCUCUACUUUAUUGCAGUGAGGGUGGUCUCAUCAGGAUUCUUUCCCCGUCCUCUUGUGAUUCUGCUUGUUUGCUACCUGUGUAAUCAGGGAGAGGAUAUGAGGGGAUGGGGCGGUGGAUGACUUCCAAACAUCACAGACAUCUGUCACAUUGACACCUCCGCUGCGAGAAUCUGUCAAGCUGCUGUCAGCUGACCUUGCCGCUCACUCCCAGUUGUAUACGAGGAGCUAACUGCAGUCACCCUUGCUCUCUAACUCAGACCACAAUACAAAAGCAGGUUCUUGAAUGAACCCUCCUCCACAUUUGCCGAUUUAAUAUAAAGCAAUAAAGAUUUAAAAAAGUGAAUUUGAAGGUCAGCAGAAUGAGGCAAUGGGAAGCGAGAGGCAAUCAGGAAGCUAAGAGGAAGGCACACCUCUGCCAAGGCCAACAGUCCGGUCUUGAGAGAUCCGCAAAUCUGCCACUUAGCCUGCCUGGUAAAAUUAGUCGACUGUGUUGUUAUUGCUCGUUCAGGAGGCAGAUCUGGAUCCAGACCAAUUUUUAAAAGGUCCUACCUCGGCCCUCACAGCGAAAUUCAUUGGAACUGAUUAGCAGUUCUGACAAUACCAAACACAUAAAUCUACUGUUUAUAAAACCGAGAUGUAGAUUACUCAAAACCAAUAAAGAGACAUUUCAUCAGAAUAUAUUUAUGUGGUCUGUCAGGGGGGAGCUUUGGUAGUCCAGGUCUUCAUCACCUCCAUUUGACUGAUCAGAAGAAGCUUUACCUUAUUCUGGGAAACUUAAUAGGUGCUGUAAGGUAGGUGUGCUCCAUGAUGAAGGAAGUGAGGGUAGAGUGAGGAGAAUGUGGUGGACAAAUACCAAGAAUAGCACUUCUGCUAAUAUGAAUAUUUGUAUUCAGAGGAGACACACUGUUAGAGAUACAGGAGCUGCAGCGUCCACUAACUUGAGCUACAGCUGACUACAUCACUAAGGGGUGUCUGCGUUUACACAUUAUGUUGAAUGUUGAUGAUUAAUGCAACUGAAGAUAAGUCAUCAGCACCAGUUUUCACAAUCACUGCAUUUGUAGUUACUGCACAUUGUUAACUAGCCAUCAGGUGUAACCAAAUACCAAAUGUCCUUAGUUGAAGUAGGAAACAGGAUUUUCCCAUAAUUCCCCCCGGCGGUCCCUUCAGGCCAUGCUGCCCUUUUCCCCUGACAUUACCAAAGUGGCUUAAUGUAAUUGAGUGACCAACAUUACCAUCGACUGCCUCUAAGCUCUCAAUAACAGGGCUAACAUUUCAGGAUUGAUCAGUUUGUGUCAAGCAGGAACAGUCCACGUGAUGAUCAGUAUUCCACUAAAGAUUUGUUUAUGUGUCAUGACUGCUUGUUGUCUCUGUACAUGAGGGUUUUCAGGAAUAUUAUUGACCGCCUGCCUCAGUUUUUUCCACUCUUACUAGCCACGGGCUACAGGAGUAAAGGCUUUUAUUGGCCCGUGCCCAGCUAGGACUUGAACCGGGCAAGUGCCCAAUCCUCAGAGAUGGGCGCACUCAUGCACACAGCAUAGCUCUCUGGCAUGCAGUGUGUGACCACUGGAUGCCCCCAGCCCGGAGCGACCAGGAGUGCACGCGACACUAUGAAGCACCAGCCUUCCCUACAAUCAAACACAGUGAUCUAAUUGACAUUUUGAUUGAUGACGGCUGACCCACUCUUUAUUUUGUACAAAACUUCCCUGCAGCUCCACAGCUCUACUGCUUCUGUGCUGAUGUGACAUUGAUCCAGUGCAGCAGUCAGAAUAAAUCUGAACAUGCUUCAUACUCACUCACAGAGUAUGAGCAGCACUGCUGGGCUGCACUGAUUUGUUUUGCUCGUGAGUGCCUGUGAUCGCAGAAUGAAGUAAUAGCAGGUUUGGAAGUAUUUGGCAGCCCCCCCUUCGGCUGAGCCCCAUCCCCUUGCUGCUGGCACGUGGAGAGGCUGAAUUAUAGACGGCAAACACAAACUAUUCACUCAGCCUUCCUCUUUGCAUCAACACUGUUAAUUAUGCUGCUCGCAUCUUGCAUCCCUUCUAUUUUAAUCCUCAACUGAUGGAAAGUACUCCAUCCAAAAACACAAACUAGAACACACACACACACACACACACACACAGAGGCGUGUGCCAGCCGCAUGCUGAGCUGUGAGUACUUGUAGAGGGGCAUAUUUACCUUUUGUUAGGUGAAUAAAGGAAACUUUCCCCCUAUAAACACCUCCCUGCCCCGACCCACAUGACCCUGUUUAAAAAGACUCACUGCUGGGAAGUGCUCCCAUUGCAGCGGGGUUAAUCUGAAGGGCUUCCCUGCUGAGCUAAGCCAGACGAAACUGUGUCAAACACAAGUCAUGCCCACAUUUUUACUCCAGUGUAAAAUCUGGAAGUACUACGAUAUAGUAGAAACUAAUCCACCAAAGUGGACGACAACAAACAGUCGUCUCUCUGAGAGUGAGGACUUAGUCUUAGAAAUCUGUCUCCUGUAGGGGUCACAGAAACAUUUCUGUAUCAAUCACAGAACAUUUUCAUUUGGAGAAAACGCUGCAGCAGGUAUGCAGUUUGGCUCUGUGCCUGUGUGGUAAUGGAAGUGCUGCUGGUGUGUUUUCUCUGCAAACAAGAUUGAGGUAGUAGUCAUUUCAAAUGUUCAUGAAUGAUAAAGCAAGGCUGCUUUUUUCGUUGAAUUGUCAGACAUGUGUGGCGGCCAAGGACACUGAUUUGUCAUCACACAGUAACGGUAUCAUAAGCCAAGAUGAGAUUAAUAUGUGACGAGAGACAGUCAUUAAAAACGGCUUCUUCUGAGGCUGUGUGUGUGUCAGAAUCAUAGAUGCAGGAAGAGCCUUGUGAAAGCAGAGUCACAGUUUGAGCUUUGGUCGGUAUCAUUAGUUUCUGGCACUGGUUAAGCUCCCUUUAUGAUACUCCGUCACUUUAGUGCCACAUAUAAAAAUCCAUGUACCUUUAUAACCAGUCCACCUGCUAAUAAUCAACCUGUUAUUGUUAACGGAAGACCACACUGACCCAACAACAACCAUGUCAGAAGCAAGUUUUGCAUGAAUGUAAUGUUCGGUGUGUAAUGCCCAUGCCUGGAUUCAUGUGUGUGACAACUAUCACUACCUUAACUUCAGUUAGGUAGCUGUAAACUCAAAAUCAGACAAAGCUAAUACAAGAAAAACCUUUUUUUUAUGUACAGUAAAUGAUAGAAAAAAGGGUCAGUCACAGAUUUGUGUGUGUUUUCAACAGGAAUGAACUCAGUUAAGAAAUACUAAUCCGAUCCGAUCCAAAUCCGAGUUGUGAUAUACUUCACCUUUGCCUGUACUGAAGAACGUUAAAGCUUUGGUUCAUGGAAACAGCAAAGUUUACAACAAGUAAAGCAUGACGGAAAAUGUCAGAAUGUGAAAUAUUUCUUCAUCAUCCUAUCAGGGAUUGAGAACAACAAAGUCACUGGUUCAGAGGGUUACAAAUCACAGCCAGCUCUGACUUUGAAGCCUCAAGAAUGUAAUCCCUUUAGAAGUUUGGCAAACAGCUAAAGCAGGAAAUACUGCUGCAGAGCCUUUGACAUGCUUGUGAAUGAAAGUUAGUCGCUGAAUAUUCCACUUCAACAUGAUUUCUAUGAAGCUUCUCUUCAUUCUGUUUUUAAUCCAAGAGGAUGAAAGGACAAGUGGACUGGAAGGACUCUAGUAGUGGGCAGUCUGAUAUCAGUUUGAGACAGGUAUGGAAGAAACGGUUUUCUCUGAGGGCUUCUGGGGAAAGAAAAGGUGCUGUUGUUGAUGUUUGCCGAGACUGUUUUCCAGAACAGUCUGUCCCACGAGUUGCUCCUUAAAUUAACUGGUUUGUCUUCUUGCAGUUUCUCUUUUGCUUCGUCACGCGCGUGUGUGUGAGAGAGCUUUUGUCUCUGCGUGUACCUGUCCGUGUGCAUCAGGAGCUCACCGCCUCUCUAAUGGAGUCCUCAGGCUGGAGACUGCGAGCGGAGAGAGGAGCAGGGAGAGGGAAAGUGCAGCCCGAAGCAGACAUCAACUUUUAAGCUUCAGAAUCCCGACUGCUGCAGUUCAGGAGCCAGGCAGGCAGGCAGGCAGCCGCCUCAUUAUAAUUUUUUACAUUCCUCUUCAGGCAGCAGCACACUCUUCCUCCUCCAUUGCUCUUUAUAACGCACCGCUUUUAAAAGCUGACAAGCUUAAAUCUGAGCUUUCUCAAUAAAGACAAGUCAUCUAUAGCCUCCCGUCAAAUAUGAGACACUAAACCAACUCUGGCUCGGCCUCUCUAGAUGUAAUGUAUUUAUGAGGCAUGAAGCCGUAAAACUUGUGUGUAGACUUCUGCUGAUGGAGCUACAGACUUUAAACUGACUGAAAACAAGCCUGUUUAAGACUGUGGGCUUUUCCAGCCUUUAUUUUGACAGCCUGGCUAAUAGAUUAGAGUCUCUUCUUAACUCUAGACAGAGCAGACCACCUAAGCUGAAGGCAGAGCAAUUAGUUUUUUUUUUUUUUUUAGCAAAGGUAAAUGGCUCUCUAGAAGUUGGACAAAGGCCCCUUAGUGUGAAACCCCCACCCACCCACUUAUCCGCCCAGAUAAUGACAUUGAGAACAGGAACAGGUUUGCCACUGCUAACUUUAAACUAUGUCAAGUGCUUCAAGUGUCUAUUUAUCCCGCUGUCUCUCCCACGUACACUGUGAAACCCUCCGUGGAUAAGAAAGGAGAAAGAGCGAAGGACACCCUGCUGGAGAUAAUGGAAAAGAAUAUAUCCUGGCGCUCCUCCAGAGCUGUCUUCUUUGAGGGAAAUUCGCUCUGCCAGUAGUUAGCUAUGCCCAUUUACUUAGUGAACUGUGCUGCAGUGAUAGCGUGGGGCCCAGCGUUGGUGCAGAGCAGCCCAGAACAAUGGUGAUGAUGAUGAUGAAUGUGGAUUCACUGCCACUGGUUUUGAAGUGCUCCAACCACACGUGGUGUGUGCAUCGCAUGUGUGCUCAGUUGGACCAUUUGGUUCAGUCUUCAUGUUUUGGUUGUGCUUUUAUUUUACAGAUGAUAGCUUAAUCUAAGAUGAGCCCGUAGCUUUAGAGUGCUUCAUAACAGACUAUCACUUAGACGGUCUGUGUUGCUCUAUCCUCUCAGAGUUUGCCUGAACAUGCCUUUCUUCUCUCUCCCCCCUCACUCACAUGUUCACCACUUCCUCUGCUAAAAUUGGUGGAAUUCCAGGAUCUCGCCUCGCGGUUGGGUGACGCGAGUAUCGUUUGUCUGCCAGCGGGGCCUGCCUGUUUUCCUCUCAAGGUGUCAGCUUUUCAGGUUUGCUCAAUCAGACGGGCAGGUUUGUGCCUGGUUCUCAGCCAGAUGCACACGCAAGAGCAGGUAUAAAAAGAGUGAAAAAUGUUUUAAAAAGUACUGCAGAUGGAGAAAGGGGAGUGGUGGAGAUGCUUUCUUACUUCCUGUAUGUGUUGUGCCUCUGGGCAGCCGUGGUUGAGUUACACCUCUGAGGAUGUGUAGAGACCCCAGUUAACCCCACACUCCUCAGGACGAGGUUGUGGAGGAGGCAGAUGAAAUACUGUUGCUGCUCUGAUUUCCAGAGUGGGGCAUAAAUUUAGGAGUUUGUUUCACUCCCUGAAAUCUUUUUUAAUUGUCUUUCUACGAUUUUUCCUUUAGUUAGACUGUAAAUAAUAAUAGAGAGAGAGUGAUAGUGUCAGAAAUGACCAAGCUUUAAAGGUGAGAUCUUUACUAACACGUGCCAAACUUUGAACCUUCUCCAGAUCUGACAGGCACUGUGAGAAGUUUUUAACAGAUUUUAAAAUAACCUCCCUCUCAUACCGACGCCUCUACAUGACCUAGACUGGAAAAUAAAACUUUCAGCAACUGAUAUUUUCUUUACACUGAUUUUAGGAGUCUGUGUUGGGGGUUUGGAGCACAUAGCACUCAAAUUUUGACUCGAUCAGGAUCAGCAGAAACAUGCGUAUCUUCUGUCAGAGGGUUGUUUUAUUCAGAAAAAAUCCACAACUGCAGCUUUUCUCAGUAAAAAGAGCAAAAUGCCUGUGAGCAGUAUUCAAUGUUUAUGCCUUUUUCUCCAACACUUUGUACAUGAUUAUUCAGGAUUGUUCUGAAGCCACCCUCUCAAAGUCAUAGAUUUGAAUCAUCAUUGAAGAAAACAUCGAUAUCUAAACUCUUGACCUGUGGAUAGAUCACUGCACAUAAGCAAGAUGAGAGCUGCAGCAUGACAGGUUGUACAUUUAAGAAAUAGAGUCUUUACAGAUGCCAAUUGUUUUUUUUUUCUUUUUUUCAAAAAGAUUGUGGAAUAAAUUUCUGUUGGAUUUCUGAAGUGGUUUUUCUUUGUUUUUGGAUGUGGAUUUUUAAUUGUUUUUUAGGGGGCCAAAAUGUUUGCAGAAGCCUCAUUUUCUCAUUUCAAUCUUGGGAUAGCAACUCUUUCACAAAAACAAUGAAAAUGUUCAAUAUCAACCCAAAAACAGGUGACAUCCUGGGGCGCGCAAAUGGCCAAGCGGGUUAGCGCACCCAAUACAUGGGGACUAAAGACUUCGCAGCGGUCGCCGGCUCGAUUUUGGUCCCGUCCAUGUGCUGCAUGUCAUCCCCCCUCUCCCCACAUUUCACACUGUCCUAUCUAUAAAGGCAAAAUCGCCCCAAAAAAAAACCAAACAGUUGAAAUCCUGCAGCUGACACAGUACAGCGGACUUUACUUAAAAAACACAAAGAUUGAAGUGUUCUUAGGCCAGCUCUGAGACAGCCCCUUUGGGAAUCAAGUCGACAUGCAUCUUACAGGUAAGACAGGAGAGUCAUGUUGUCAGACGUACAUGUUUAGUGUGUUCAAAGGUAAAAACAGUCGUUCUUCAGAGAAGCCCAUUCUGAUUGACUGAGGGAUUUGGCUUCAUGUCAGAUACAGACAGUCUCACUGCAUUAAAUUAGACCAUUACUGUUGCACGGCAUCAUUACUCGCCAAGCUUGGAACCAAUCAGCUAACAUCAAGUGAUGUUUUGGCCAAACUUUAGUGUUUUGACUCUAUGUAGCCAGAGGUUUGUGAAGAAGAACUUUCAGCCAAGACCCCCUUUGGCGUGUGUUGCUGUUGUUUACAGUCCCCCUGACAACAGUGGCUCUUUCUUGGCUGCACUUGCAUGCAGAUGUCUGUUUAAAGCAAUUAAAAGAAGCAAAUUUGUCGUCGCUUGACAGCCAAAUUGUUCUCGUGUUGCAGCACGGCCAUUCUGUCUUCAUCCUGUCCUGUCUUGUGUAUGACCAAGCUCAAAUGCAAAGUAAUGGGAAACUGACCACAGACAUAAGAUCGAUGCCUUCAAUAAGAAGUGCUCAAUGCUAAAAGAUCCUGAUAUCAUUCUUACUUUGGUACAUGCGCGUGCAGAUAACUUGUGCUUGUGCCUCUCUCCAGUCCAUCUUCCUGCAGCCAUCUCCUCAUCCCAAAUGCAUCCUGUGCAUCCUUUGAUGCUUCUGUUUUACUUGUUUCCAAAUUCUGCUUCAGUGUUUAUCUCAUCUCUAACUCUUCAGUCCCCCUCGCAUCUCAUUUAUUUUGUUUUCCUGGCAGGCUUCAAACACACAGCCGUAGUGAGGCUCCCGUGCCAGGCAAUUUUUCAAAGACUUCACUAUGUUGGAAUGAGGCCCCGGUGUUGCCCAAGCCAGGACAGAGGGACCUUUGUGCCUUCUGCCCAACAGCUCAGGCAGCCCUUGGAGCGGGGAGAGAUUAGGAGACAGGGAAAGCCAGUGGCCUAAAUGGUAGGGUGCCUGUUUGAAAGCCAAUGGUGUCGGCCAAACAGCUCCUUAGCCCCAUUGAAGCACGCAGUAAUUACAAGCUUGUAGGGCAAUCCCCGGGCUCUUUUGUCUCGGCUUUGGAGACACUCGCCCAGUUCACUAAAAAACUUCAUUACUACUCUGUUUGGAGUCCUAAGACCAAGUGUCUUUCAGCUUCAGUAUGUCGUCAUUCAUCUGUGAGACAUUGGCAAACCAAGCCAGCUCAGACAGACUACUCUCCAAAAAGCCCCGACUUUGAGAAAGUGUAGCCCAGCUCUCUUAACUGUGAGCUUAAUGGUGACGACUCAUGACUUGUUCUUUUGCUGACUCUCAUAUUUGUGAAUCAUAUUUUAAAAUCUCAGACUGUAGGUCCAUGCUGCUGAUUCAUCACGACAUCUGCUACCUGACUCCUGUCUGACUUCCAGAUUUUAUUCCAUGUUGUGUGUAUGUGUGUGUGUGUGUGUGUGUGUGUGUGUGUGUGUGUGUGUGUGUGUGUUUUAUCACAAGAUCCUGAGAAGUCUCCUGCCUGAGUCAACACACGCUGGCUGAGUCGUCAUACGGGCAUGUCAAUUCAUCAGAUCACAGUCCUCUGUGUCUAGACUCGCUUCUACAACUAGCACAACAAAUUGAAGCACCUCAUAGGUGUGCGGUGAUCUCACCCACACUUUGUUACAUAAGUACCACAGCUUUGCUUCACUCUCAGAGGGGUCGGUGAAGCAUCUGGGGGGGUCAGAGCCUCAAUUACAUGAAGUUAACCUUAUUUAGAAACAGGCUCAGGCUGUCAGGACAAGACCUACAAACCUGUGAAUAAUUUCUCUGUUUGAUUAUAAUAGAAAGAGAACAACAGCAUAGACUGGAAUAACUGUGAACAAGCUUCUUAGUUUAGGCUAAGCAACAUUUAAAAGGAUUGUAAAAACAUGGUGUUGUUUGCCUUUAUUUGAUAGGACAGCUGAGGAGAGACAAGAAGAAGAGAGUGAGGGAAGACACACAGCAAAAAGUUUCAUUUGGGAAUAAAACCAGCAACCGCUGCGACAAGGACUGUAGCCUCUUAAUCAAACUACUAGGCCAUUGGUGCCCCUGAGAAAGUGACUUUUAAUUCAAUGUAAUUUUUAUUUUUUUAUUAAAUUAUAGAAAUGUACAAACAAUAAGACAUAGCAGUAAACAAAAAGUACAGUUGUCCGAAAAGUUGUUAAAAAAGAGUUUUAAAUUAAAUGUAUUCAUCGUCCAUCUUUCAAGGUUUUUAAUAAAUUCAGAAUAUUCAGGGGGUCUUCUGUUUUAGUUUUCAACAAAACAUCCAUAUCAAUAUAUAUAUAUAAUAUAAAACUUCAACUUCAACCGCUUUACUUUUAUUUUGUGUUUGCUGCUAUGUCUGAUUGUCUGUAAAUUUCCACAACUUAACCAAUAAAAAAAACCCACCAGAUUCAAUUUAAAGUCACUUUCUCAGGGGCACUGAAGAGGACCCCCUGAAUACUCUGAAUUGAUUAAAAGACUUGAAAGAUGGACAUAAAUGAAUGUAAAUUUUGCUUAUGUAAUGGAGGUUGGUGUUAAUGUCAGGCAGGUGUUUCUUGAAAGUAGUUCCGUCUCAUUUCUACAACACAGACAGAGAUGUGAUUUCAGGCUUGUUUAGAGACUCAUCCAGUCAGACAGUUUUGUCAUUGCCAUUAAAAUACUGAAAAUUAAAAUGAUCACAUUUUGAUUGAAUUUUCACAGUCAGGAGAAACUCUGAGGCUGCUUCCUGCCUUCUCUCUGUGUGUCCAUCAGCGGGGAGAUUAAAGGCCCUGCUUUCUGGGACAUGCAUGGGUGUUUUGUGUGUUGCCUCUAUUCUCUUGUGCGUCCCUGUGGACACUUGGCAGUGUGAGGGAAUUAGGCCAAAUCCUCCGGGACUGGACCUGCAGUUUGACUCACAUUCCCUGAUUAUUUUCACUUUUACUCAUGUUCGAGAAUUAAGGGGUUAGUGGGACAUGAAUUAGUUUUUUAAUCACUUAAAGAGUUUUUUUUUUACUCUGUGCCUUUACCCUGAGGAAUAGAUGUCCAUUCACAAGACUGGUGUGUAGUCUGGGAGCUUUCUUAUGUGGCUGAUAAGAGAUAGGAGUGGGAAUAUUAUCUUCCAGAUUUUGUAUCAUGUAACCAUGAAGCUUUUGUGUCCUGGAUUUGAAUCUCGACUUGUUCCGACCAUUUCCUUUGAUGGUCUUUCUUUGCUCAUUAUCAGACUUCUGUUCAGCGUAGUCUCCAUAGAAACCUCCCAUUAUGAACUUCUUGUGUAAGCACCCUACUUUACUCCUACUUAAUGUUUGUGGUUAAGAAAAAAAAAAAAGGAGGAUCUUAAUAUUAAUGCAAAAGAAAAGGACAGCUUGUUGAGCACUCCGCUGGGACACACAUUAUGCCUGUUAGUCUUACCUGAAAAGCUCAGGCUGCAUUGUUUUGCUUGGUAUUGGUCGAACAGACGCUGUAUAAUAAGCAGAGCUUUAGAGGUUUGCUGUGAGAAAACACCAAAUCUUCUGUUUUGAAGAAAAGCUAACACUGGAUCCUUUGCCUUGGGCCAUCUAAGAACUGAACCGCUGCCAGAGACAUGCGAUUUUACUCGUACACUCUUUUUCUUUAAAGAAUAAAAGCAUUAUUUUUUUACAGGGACAUUUGACCCAUUUUUUGAUAAAUGUACCUCUGUGCUAAUAGUUUUGGUCACAAGGGAUUAUGCACUAAUUUCCCUUUCUUUGACUCAAAGGCCUUGAUGCUUUAUGUUAAUUAUUAUCACUCAAAGCAAAGGUGAAUGUCUUCCUUUUGAUGAGUAAAUGUAUGUGUCAUUGUCAGCACAGACUUUGCCCUGAAGCUGGGAUGAAGUGUGAAGGUGGUUCUGCUGUAGGCCCGUCACAGUGCUGUGAUUGCUAGUGGCUAAUGUGAUCACAGCCACAGCCAGGCAGCGCUGACGGAGCGCCGAGCCUUAAUCUCCCCCAGUGUCUUCACUGCCAAAUUGGCUCGAUUUGUCAGGCAGAGGAUCAUCACUCACUUCUCAGAUGACUUUCAAAGGGCCUCUUUGCUUUUUGAUGUGCAGCUUGGGAUAUUGGUUGGAGAAAACUGCAACUCUGCAUAACAAUUCACUAAUGUAGUCUGCUGAAGGAGCACACACGAAGAAGGCAGACGAGCUAACCGUCAGUGACACAGGAUGGUGCAGAGGUUUGCCAGUUACAAAGAUUGUAGUUUAUUUAUAGAUCAUGCAGAUGAUUUUACUGUCACUUCUUUGUAAGUUUGGCGUGUGGCAUUAGUCCUGAGUGGGCUGGUUAAAAUGCCAACUGAGUCAUCUUCUUUGCAUAAAUACACUGAUGAUAGCAAAGGCGUAAUUUUGCUUUGACUUUCAAGAAUUCAAAUGACAUUCAUACAUUUUGAAUUUGGCUGAGCUUUCAUGUUUCCUCCUCAGUGCGUGGUUUGAAAAUGGCUUCAAAAAGAGGGUCCUCUUAUCUGAAAUGGAAGAUGUCAGUAACUUUUCAUGUACUGAAAAACCAUCAGUGGGGGGGAAAAUAAAAAACAUCUACGCAGGUUUGUGUUUUUGAAGUCCCGAACUGUUUUCAUGGCAUGCAUCAAAAGAUGUCCUGUUGUAUGAAUUUUUAAUGAACGCUCAAUGUGAAGAAUUUUAAGGGAAACGUUGCUGUACACUCGUCUUUAUUCUUACUCUACAUUUAUAUGCCUGCUCCUGCACUGUGUAACUUGGGUGGAACUGCAAAGAUCUCUGGCAGUGAGCCCUGAGGGUGAACACCUCCUGUUCCUGUAUUAGGUUUGGUAUAUUCCUUUGGACAGACAUAAAGUCUGCAGAGUAAGUUGAUGGAAAAAGAAAAGACAGAGUGACGGGGCAAAAGGCAGAUGAGGUAAAAACUCUCCCCUCUCUCUUGUUCUGGUUUGUUCUACUAGUUUGCGAGAGAGUGAGCAGCUGUCUGAAACUAGAAAGUUUGAAUAGUGAUCACAUUCAGAGGGCUGUUUUUCUCCAAUCAAGUGUGAAGGCGUCUGAUAGCAAAUUCUUCAUUUCUGACCUCAGAUGUGUUGGUGAUUGUCAACUCUUAGUGUUCAAACUAACCCAUUUUUCUUUUCUUUUUUUAGGAUUGUAUAUUCAGAACAAGAAAAAUGCCAAGGUGCAGCAUUGUCGCUUGAAUCAAGUUGAGCACUAAAGAAGCAGGUCUCCCAUUUUCUUUUUGCCUCCACGCCUGCUGAACAAGACAAUCAACCUGCUCAUGAAGUCAGGGAGCAGCAUCCUCUCCCAGAGGCAGCCAUGUCUCUCUGCUAAGUGCCUUUAGCCUCCGGCACUGGUGUCAUGACCAGCCUGAAGCGCCCACCUAUGGAGCGCACAGUUGGGGGGACCAUCCCUGCUACUGAUGAGUUUUACACCCGCCACCUCCGUAUGGUAAACGGAGGAGUUUUGCCAACCCGCACGGACAAUAUCCAUGCCACUGUGAGCACAGGAGUGCCUAAAAUGGGUGUACGGGCUCGGGUGGCCGACUGGCCCCCAAGGAAGGAUGUUUCAGGAGCCGUGUGGCAGACGCCUACAGAGCCCGAGAACUCUGGUGUGCCCUCUGCUGGAAAAAGUCACAUCAAGUUAGGCUCCAUAAUGAGCCCUCAGGACUCGUCUAUGCUGCGUAACAUCCACAAUACUCUGAAGAAUCGAACUCAGACCCAGGCCAACAACUACAGCCUUGACACUCGUUAUUUAGCCCCAGACUACAGAGGUCCUGUACAUAGAAACCCUCGACAGAGACGCAUCCGUCAGCGCAGCAACAGUGACAUGACUAUCAGUGAGAUGGAGGCCAGUGGAGACAGCGGAGAGGAUUGGGGUUCACCAUCAGGAGCAAAGUGGUCUCCUCUUCAUCGUGAAUAUGGUAGCACCUCAUCAAUAGAUCAACACGGGGCGUCUGGCGAGAGCUUCUUUGAAAUGUUGAAGGGAUAUCAAGGGGACAAAGUGGACCAGCGUAGCCCUGCUCCAGCCAAACUGGAGGACAUGCUAAAUGUUGGGUCAAAGCAGGCUGGUAUUGAUCUCCAUGAGGACGUUGUAGAUGGUCAGCCUCCCAAAGCUAAAGACAGAGAUAAACCCCAUAAAAGACGGACUAAAUCUGAGACCGGGGGCGAGUCUAUAUUCCGCAAGCUUCGCAGUGUGAGGGGUGAGUCAGACUCUCCUAGGGCGGGAUCUGAUGUGGAGGACAGCCGGACAGAUGACAUGGGCCCUCCUCUGAAACCCUGGCUGUGUCAGAAAGGUUUUGCACACUAUGAUGUUCAGAGCAUGCUCUUUGACCUCAACGAAAUCACCCAGCUCAGACAGACUGCAGGCAAGAGGAAAAACACCACCACAGGGGCGUCUGCUGCUGCUGUAGCCUCGGCUACCUCCACGCUCUCCUCCACACACAGCCUGCCUUACAGCUCCCCGAGCGGCAGCCAGGAGGAGCUCAGUUCCAGGGACAGUCCUGGUCUGGACGCAGGGGACGAACAGAGCAAUGAGAUGCUGCUGAGUUGCCCCUGCUUUCGUAAUGAGAUCGGAUUUGAUAGCAUUGGCAGGCGCAGGCUGGGAGCAGCUGGAGGAGGGUAUGAUGGGCUGUUGGUUGGAGGAACCAAUAGUAGCAGCUCAGGAAGCCUGAGUGGUGAAAGCAACCUGUAUGAAACAUCUGUGAGCACACACUGCACUAACGCCGGAGUAGCAGUGCUGGAGGGACCAAAGGAAGGACCCAGCACACAGAGCGAGAAGGGCAAACAGUACAUCGUAGAGCAUGUGGACCUGGGAGCGUACUACUACAGAAAGUUCUUCUAUCUUAGGGGUAAGAGUCACUCAUGAGCAUGUGAAUCCGUGUUGUUUGAAGCUGAUGUUCUUAAUGGUGUCUUUGCCUCUUUUCCACCACAGAGCACUGGAACUACUUUGGGAUAGACGAGGCGCUCGGUCCGGUGGCCGUGAGCUUGCGCCGCGAGAAGCAGGAGGAGGAAAAGGAGCACGGCCAGCAGUAUAACUACCGCCUCAUCUUCAGAACCAGCGAGGUCAGCCAAAGAGUCCUAAUGUUCACCACAACCUCAACAUUUAAACCGCAACUGAUUUAGAGUUUUCUCCAAAUGUAGAAAUCUUUUGCCUUUUUUUUACAGUAUAUCUAUAAUUUUAAUGCAAUCGAGUCAAAAGGCCCUUUUAUGCAAGUUGCUUUUUAACCAGCAGCAACCUCAGGUGUUGGAGUUGGUGUUGAAAAGUCUGUGCAGAAGUUGAGGCUGCCUCUAGAAAACCAAAGAAAUCUCAUAAAAUUCAAUCAAACAGACCACUUUUUUCAGCACCAUCAAACACACUUACAACUUGGUACAGAAAAAUAAUCUUGGUCUUUUCCUUUUUUUUCUUUAUUUAAGACAUCUGUACAAGGAUGCUGCUGCUUUGAUUAUAUCAAUAUGGCACAGAUCAGCAUAAUUAAGGGCUCAGCUAAUUUGACUGACAAUUUGGCCCACCGUAAAAGUUUGGCCGGCGGUAGGACUAAGACCUUAACUCCACUUGUUUUAGCAAGAAGUGAGUUUAGGUCUGUGUUGCAAGUAUGGAGACAUUACAGCCAUCUUUGAGCUUCAUAAAGCAGUGGGUGACAUCACCGAGACUCUGUGUAAACAGUCUAUUUAGUCUAUUUCUAGAUAUGGGAAAGGAAAGGAGCUACACAAGUUGGCUAUGAGAGCUGACAUGAAGUUUGUUGACAUAUUCGUGUUAAAGACAUCUAAACCUGCUCAUUGGGACCUUAAAUCUUAUUUGUCUACAAAGGCAGUCUUUGUGGUUCACUGUUUCUACUACAUACUAUAAAGACUAACAUCAAGGUAAAUCCAGCCUUGGUCUUUAUUUGAUAAUCUGCAAAAACCCUGAGGCGAUACAGCUGUCUGCAGAUAUUAACAGUGUGUGAGGAAACUUCAGAAAGUGUGCUCAUCUUCCAGCCUUCCAGGCCUGUCAGUGCCCAACAACCUCAAACCGCUGUGUGGAGAGCUCUGCCUCUGUGUCCCAGCAAAAAUAGACUGUCAUAUUUAGCAGCACUCUCGGCCCCCAGUCUUCUGGAAUUUUUGGGUUUUCAAUUUUGGGUUAUGCGCUUUAUUACAUGAACGUACAUUCCCAGACAGAGGGUGACCAGCCUGAGAAUGUUUGUUGUGGACCGGAGAAGGACAGGUGCAGGUGAUUAAACCCCCGCACUUUUGACCAAAGUGCUUCAGGACCCUCGCUCCCUCUUAUAUCUUCCAAACAUGGGAAACACAGGCCCAUUGUAAACACAGUCCCUGUGCUGCUUCAAGCUUGCAGGGGAGAAAGUCUCGGCCUGUUCCAGAUGCUUAUGAUAGCUGAGAAAUUGAGAUCACUCCCUAAGCCCGGCACAAUGCAGACUCUGUAUACACAGAAUACUUGGACAAGCGCUCCUUGCUCCUCAUUCUCUGUUUAACUUUUUAUUUAUCCAAGCCUUCAGUCAGACUUGUCUUUUUGAACCCCCUUAAAGACCCACCCCAAUGAAAAUCAUGUUUUUCUCGUUGUCUAGAUGUUCAUAUGGCAUUUUUCUGAUGCUACAGGACAUAUCAUGAGAAAAAUAAGUGCAAAAUUUCUGCAUUCAAAUCUCUGUGAACCUCUGGCAACCCAAACAGCAGGUUCAGAUACAGUGAGAUUUCCUACGUAGCAAAUUCAAGCUCCGCCACCACUUGGAGAAAUUAGAGAGAACAAUCGCGGAACAACAAGCGUGUGAACAAUGCUUGUAAGAAAGCUAAUUAUGAUACAAGCUUUCAUCAUGCCCCCAAAGACAUUAGUGUCUGAGGGAUGCAUAGCCCCUAUGUUACCUACACAUUGUGCUACACAAGCAAUAUUAUGCUGGAAGCUAACUCAAAGAGGAGUGUGCAGAGCAGCACUGUCUCUGCCCACAACUAAGAGGCGAAUUGCUAAUGAGCUACUGGAGCUCUGCAGAAGAAGUAUUGACACUGGUAACGUGAUUUUUGGUGAAAAAUCCAUGAUCACAAUUUUAAGACCACUGGGGAACACUUUAAGUUGUAAAAAAAAAACGAUCGAAGUGGGACUUUAAACAUACAAUAGUGUGAUCAUAGGAUAUAGGCUACUCGGACCACAGUAGCUCAGGCCUUGUGUCUGGGCAGGCAGGUUUUAUUAUCGAAGUGGAAAAUCAAAGCAUGGCGAGGAUUCCUGGGAUGCAUUCUUUCUUUCUUCGCUCACACUCCUCUCUGUAAUCUCCAUCCAAUCAGCUGACAACUCUGCGGGGCUCUAUCCUCGAGGAUGCAGUGCCUUCCACCUCCAAGCACGGUACCACAAGAGGGCUGCCCAUAAAAGAGGUGCUGGAGUACCUCCUCCCUGAGCUGGAUCUGUCCUGCCUCCGACUGGCCCUGAAUACACCUAAAGUCACAGAGCAGCUGAUGAAACUAGAUGAACAAGGGGUAUGAAAUAAGAGCAAGAGUUGAAAUCAACAACAGAGUUUGAGUCUGUUGAGUUAUGGUGUUUCUCUCUAUCCUGACAUGAACUGCAAACACUGAUAUUGUUUCUGCCUCUCCCCUGCCGCCCAGCUGAGUUUUCAGGUGAAGGUGGGGGUGAUGUACUGCCGAGCGGGUCAGAGCACAGAGGAGGAGAUGUACAAUAAUGAGAUGGCUGGUCCCGCCCUGGAAGAGUUCCUCCAGCUGUUGGGAGAGAAGGUUCGCCUCAAAGGCUUCACCAAGUACAGAGCCCAGCUGGACACCAAAAGUAACAACCUCUCAACACACCUCUUUAUCGCACACAUAUACACACACUUACAUAGUUUGAUCUUUUACAGAUUUGUUUUAUUUUAGGUGGAUCUGCUUCAACUCCUUCUUAAAGUUUAACUUUAGUUUUAAAAGUGGAAGUAAGGUUGUUUUCACAAUUCACCCAAAUUUAUAGGAUGUGUACUUUGCUCCUUUACCUGCUUCUGGUUAAUAUUUGAUUUACCGGACCUUAUUUUCUCCCGUCCACUUUAACUUAACUUGAUUCUUCUCUUAAUUCCUCAGUCUAACAGCUGACAGUCAUCUUAUCCACUUUGACACAGGUCCUCUUUUGUCUAGUUGUUUGGGCUGAAGUGAAAUUACAUCCUGUCUUGAAAAGAAAACACACAAUGCACGUUUGGAAAAGAUGGAUUGCAGCUAUUGUGCUGUGAGUCUCAACACUGUGUCGCUAUUUUUCCCGCAGCGGAUUCCACGGGUACUCACUCGCUGUACACGACAUACAAGGACUAUGAGCUCAUGUUCCAUGUGUCAACUCUGCUGCCUUACACACCCAACAACAAACAACAGGUAGAGACUGAGAGCCCUGCCUUUUGUGGUGCACCAUUAGUUGUAUAACAGGAAGUAGAAAACUCUUUUAUUUGGAAACAAAUAUACCACAGAAAACCUUGGGGGAAGGGCGUAUUGUUUGGAUGAGUGCAUGGUAUGACUUGCAUCAGAAACAAAUUUUUUCCAAGUGCAUUUUUCAUAAUGUGAAAACACAUACGAUUGAUAUUCUUCUGCUGUCAGAUCUAGGUUUUAUUUAUCUACUCUUCUGAUUUAAACUCUGUUAUUUUCCAGCUGCUGAGGAAGCGCCACAUCGGGAACGACAUUGUGACCAUUGUGUUCCAGGAGCCCGGUGCUCACCCCUUUACCCCAAAGGCCAUCCGCUCUCACUUUCAGCAUGUCUUCAUCAUUGUACGGGUGCACAAUCCCUGCUCAGACAACACAUGCUACAGGUGAGCUGAGUCUGUGUAUAAGCAGCAGGUAACACCCAUUGUUUUACAGAGUUCCUACACAGGUGGAAUUUCCAUACUUAUCCAUAUCCUAAUUUUUUAGAAUAACUUUUGUAACUACCUACUUUUGUAUUUUAGAAAACGGUAUUUGAGAACUUUGGUAAGAGUCUGGAAAAAUGAAUACUUUUUCCAUACUUUAUUUUUAAUUUUUUUCCAUACUUUUUAAGAUCUGGAAAUUGAUCAAAUUUAUUUUCAGACUUUUGAUACUUGUGUAGGAACCCUGGUGUUAAAAGGCAUACUGUGUUUUCGCCCAAGUUACCACUCACUGUUAAUGUUUAAAAGAGAGAAGUCCAACAUACCUUUUCUCUAAGGGCUUACAUAUUAAGAAUGCGCCACCACGAUUAACAGAUCUUGUAGGCAGCUCUUUUCUCUGAAGGGCUAAGGUUAAGUCCUGUCAGACUGAAGAAGAAUGAGGUGGUGUUGUUGCAUUGGCUACCAUUUUGCUUUACUAUGUUUACCUGCCGCUCGCCUGGUUGCUGUUUUGCACACACAACUCUCUGCAGGGAUCAUAUGGCUCACUCCUAUAUUCUGUCCGCUCACGGCGUGAAAACACGUGCAAUGUCCUGACUUUUUUUCUUUUUUUUUUUUUUGUGCUUUGUGGUCGGUGUUUGUCAAUAAAAGUAAAGCAAAGGAAAAGUAUGUUCAUGUGUGCUGAACAAAACCUCUUCCUGGAUAAAUGCAGGUUUGCAAACUUUGACAACCCACAAAAAGCCUUGGAGAGGUUUUCACUUUACUGCCUCGGAGGAUUCUGGGUAUAGAGCUGUGACUGACUCUGAGGCUAAGGUUAGCCCGGCAGCUUUGGUUAUAUAUGACCGUGUCUCCAAGACUUAAGAGACUAAUUACAAUUUUAAGUAGGGCAGACUGACCAAAGCCUGUAGCUAUGUUGGAUUUAAAUCUGCUUUUUUCUGCUGUCUCAGUGCAGGACUGCGCUCUUUUUAUAGGACCCUUGAAAAGCUAAACACCACUUUCAUCGCUACAAGCUAGUGUUGUUUUUACGCAGGUAGCUACCGCAGCAUUAAGACAAAAGCAUUGGCUGGAGGGCAUGGGUCAAACAGAAAAGCCAUUUGUUGGGUUGUCUCAUCUUUCUGGACCGUUAGUGUCGAUGUCCUCUGCGUCUCUGCAUAAGUAUGAAUUGGUUUGAUUAUAGUUAAAUACAGACGUCCUGCUGUAGUAGCUGUCAAACUGAUGAAACAUUUCUUCCUCUUCUCCUCUGGCUGAUUCUUGUCCUCGUGAUGAUCAGACUGCAACUCUGAGGCAUUCACACUUCUGCAUGGCUGCCUCAAACACACACACAAACACACAGAGUUUCUGCACACACACACACAUUAUACACACAUAUUUGCUCCCUCUCACUCUCAUACUCCUGUUUCUCUUUUUACCUCUUUCUUAUGCUCACUUGCACACAGUUACACACAUGCACACACUUUUUCUCCUUGCACAUCAAUUCACUCAAAGGCUCGCUCUUUCACACACUCCCAUAAUACAAGCCCCCCACACAGACACACACACACGCACACACCCACCCCCCUGCCUGCCACUUUGCCUUUGGGCUACAUGAGCCGGAAUGGUCUGAAGGAGUUAGCGCCAUGCACAUGAAGUACUCUCUUCACCCGGACAUGCAUGUGAGUGCGGGCGAUUGUUGAGAGCAGAGUCCCCUCAGAGCUUGCAGAGUCUAUCUGAGGAGCGGACGGGUCAGGCCACGCUGCUGUCUCUGAGAUCACACCCGCCUCAAAUUUGGGCUAAUUUAUUUUGAGCCCCUUUUUUUUCAUCUCCGGCCAAAUUGUUGACCAGCUGCUGCGUCACCACUGACUGGCGGACACUUUCUUCCGGUGCUUUUUCCAGGCCAAAGGGGGCAUGUUUCAGUAUACACUCUGGGAAAAGAAAGAGGUAAACAUGCUGGUUCUCCAGGUUUGCUUUAUGGAUGUAAUGGAGAGGUGCGGGACACAGAAUCCUUGAGGACAACUUGGCUACCCCACCCAGAGACGCUGACAUACUAUCAGCCUUUCACUUCUACCCUGACUCUGUGGAACGAGCCACCACAUGUUAAAGACUGAACUCCUGACUGUUUGUCACAAGUCUUUCCAUGGAUGCUUCCCCUGAAUGUCUGGAAGAGGUUACUGCUGCCUGCAAGAGGAAACAGGAUACAAGGAUUUGCCACACCAUCCCGUGUUGUGUCUCCUAAAUCUCAGACUUUGGCUGCAGAACAGAACUGAGUUGUCAUUAAUCCUGGAAGUCUUGUCGCUUGGCAUAGAUUGCAUUUAAGAUACAGAGGAUCUCAGUGAUAGAUGAUGGUUACGCUUUGGUAACACCAGGAGGUGAGUUGUCCUGUAGGUGUUUGUGUUGACAUCAGGAGGUGGUUGUGUUUGAAACCAUGCUUUUCAGCUGACGUAGUGAUUUAACUUUGCAACCCACUUGAUCUUUGGAUCUCAGCGGAUCACCAAGCAAGAUUUAAAAACAAAUGCACAAAUUCUUAAAUGCAAACAUACAGGUCAAGAUUAGAUUUUUUUUUACAGGGAUUAUUUCCUUUUUGAUUUUUGUUACCAUGUCAUAGAACUGUGUCUUUCUAUCCGGCCUAAGCCCAUGCCAGUACAGAACUUUCUUCACAUCUCUAAUCUCCACAAAUAAAAAGCAUGUAAGGAUUUGUGGAGUCAUCAAGAUAUUAAUAGCCUGUUUUAUGCCUGCUGCUGAGAUUUGGAUAAUACUCAGGUCAUAUUGAGCCAGACCAGAGCUUUAGAGGAGUGAGUGGCCUGGGGCCAGCAGGGUGCUAAUCUGCUGCUUUCAACCGCUGCCUUAAAGUCACACGGGGCCAGCAAGGCAGAUUGCAUAACUAAACCUUUGUUUGGGAUACGCUGGCUGGCUGUUUGUGCUCACUAGCUCGAGCUGCAGCACUGCUCCCACGUAGUAUGAUGUGGCAGAGAGUGGCAGCAUGUCCGCACUGGGAGCAGGCCUGUCAGCUGUGAUUGAAUGUAUAGUAUUUAUACGCUGGGUUUAGUCAGGCAUGCUGUGCAACAUUUCUGCUACAGGCGAUGGAGGUCUUAUCUGUUAAAUGGACUGGACGGAGACUUGUCAGAAAUAUCACUUCAGCUUAGCAGAGAUGUCCCGCUUUUCACAAACUUGUAGGCGUAAGUGUAUUUGCUGCUGACUGCAUGGAGUAUAUACUGUAUGCCCUUAUAGCCUUCCUCCAUUUAAUCCUCACACUGUAGAUAUACACAUAACACCAGCUCGGCCUGCAUGAUACCAAAAAGACAUCCAGUAUGGGAUUAAAUAGUUUUAUUUUGUGACAGUUAUGUAAAGUAUAUGAGCAAUAACUUACAUGUUCAGUAUGUUUGAUUCGUUUGCUGUUUUUCAUGUUUUACAGAGCACAUGUGUGUGCAGCAUGUGCGUCUGGAACCUACCAUAAAACCAGAAAGUACUGUUUCCACCUUUGAAUUCACACCACUGAAUAUGAGGAAUGUUGUGAGCUGACAGAUAGCUAGCUUUAUCUCAUCUGAUGGCAUUAAAAUAGCAUGAAAGUAUGGGCGCUAUUUCAAAGCCUCUAUCUAGUAGUUUCAAUACUCGCACAAUGGGAGAGGAAGCAUGCCUUAUUUUUAGUUUUUGCAAAAAUUCUGAUUUUUAUCAGGUUCAUUUUUCAGUACCAGUAAAAGCUGUGAUUGAUUGUGCAGCUGACGGAUCCAACAAGAUUAGCACACUUAGCUUUGUCCCUCUUCUUUCACACAACAGGUAUGAUGCAUUAUUAACUGCACCUGUUCACUUACUUCAAGUAAUCCAACUCAAGGACAGUCAUUGUGUGCAGAUGGAAUAAGAGCAGCAGAGGGUAACAAGAGGAGAGCAAUACCUGCAGGAAUUCCAACACCCUCUUUUAUAUUCACAAGUGAAACAGGUCAAAGGCAACAAUACCUGAGGGAGAACUAUGUAAAGACGUCCCCACUGUGUGUGUUUUUUUUAAGCUCGUGUGCUGUUUGUCAUUGUAGUGUAACCUUUUUCCAGGGAAAAAGUUCUGUAAUAUUUUUAUGUUUUAUGCUGCUCAGCUUCAGUCAUGCAGGUUAUAUCGUUGUUGUUUUUUUGGGUACUUUCAAAUGUAAAAUACAAUUCUUUAUGUGUUUGUUGCAUACAUAUAUAAAAUUAUCUAUUCAGUCUUUAGAUUUUUAGAAUUUUAAAUAAAGAAAAAUGAAUACCAAGCCAUUAGUACUUGUCGAUAGUGGGUGGAUGUGCUGCAGAAGUCUAAAUCAUGUCCCACUGAGCAAUAGAUGGCUAUUAGACGUCUAGUUUUUUUUUUUAGAUCUAAUUUCAACCGUCUAGAUUUUGUAUAUUUUAGAUGGAAUUUAGACGUUGCACUUUAACCGCUUUAUUGAUAACUAUUUAUUUCGAAAAGCAACUGUGAGUUGCAUAACUGAUCUCCAAGUACUUUACCAAAAUAAUUAUGAUAGCCCUUGAGCAAUAUACAGUGGAGUAUGGAUAUAGCCCAAAAUUAGAUUGAGUCUAAACUUGGUCUAAAUUUAGACGUCUACAAAACUUUCAUUUUUAGACCUGUGGUAGCCUGAUUUUAGACCAGUCGUCUAGGCUACAUUUAGACGUCUAUUAGACCUCCUUCAGACCAAAAAUGCUCAGUGGAGUGUUUUGCAGGAACAGGUGUAGGAUAAUUGUUGUGUUAAAACCAAAGUGAACUUAAUCCCUCUGUUUUUGUUUUGUUCUCUGCAGCGUGGCUGUCACCCGUUCCCAGGACGUCCCCUCCUUCGGCCCACCAAUACCCAAGGGCAUCACCUUCCCCAAGUCCACUGUCUUCAGGGACUUCCUGCUGAGCAAAGUCAUCAACGCUGAAAACGCAGCCCACAAGUCAGAUAAGUUUGGUGCCAUGGCAACACGCACACGGCAGGAGUAUCUACGGGACUUGGCUGAGCGCCACGUGACCAGCACUCCUGUUGAACCCACCGGGAAGUUCCCCUUCAUCUCUCUAGCUCACAAACGACGGGAGAAGGUGCGCCCGUACAGCGGGGCGGAGCUUCGAAGCCUGGGGGCGGUGACCUGGCAGGUCCACGCUGAGGAUCAGGUGGCCGGUGCUGAGCGCGAAUGCUUACUGGCUAUUUCAAAUGACUUCAUCAUCCUGUUGGAUCAGGACGCCAAAGCGGUCGUGUUUAACUGUGCCACACGAGACGUGAUUGGCUGGUCGACAGGAAGCCCUGCCUCCAUGAAAAUCUACUAUGAGCGUGGAGAGAGUGUGUCACUGCGCUCCAUCAACAACAACACAGAAGACUUUGGCGAGGUUGUCAAAAGACUGGAGGUCAGUGGGGCAGCGCUACUGUCUGUGACAGUAUGUCUCAUUAGUACACACCAUCUGCUGCGGCUAUCAGAGGUCACACUGAGCUCAACAGCUCAUAAUCAACACACACACACAGUCCUUGUUACUCUGUCUUAAUACAAACUACUUUUAUUAAUAUAUUUACAUUUUAGUGAGGCGUCCAGAAAGAGAGAUAAAUCAGAGGAGACAUCUAACACAGAAAACAAUGUGUCGAGGAAAAUAUACAUUUCUCAAAUGAGCAAUCUGUUAUUUCUCAAUGAGUGUAAAGUUUAGAUCCAAAGUCUAGUUGAUGAAAAUGUUUGUAGCAAAAGGAAAAAGUACUACUAGCAUCGUCAGCCUUCAUAAUGUAAAAGACAAUAACAAUCCCUCCUUGACAACAAAAUAAAGUAUUGUUGAUGUUAUUAUUGCAACAUAAGAGCGCAGCAUCUAAUUAUACAGACAGCAAAAAGCCACAGCUGCUCUUUUAACUCUAUGAUUAUAAAUCAUGCUGAGCACACACACUCAUCUGAUGAUAUGGUAUCAUUACUGAGGUUUUUAAUAUGGUGAAGGUGAGGCUGAACUUUUUAAUGGAGCUUUCAUCACAGCUUGCUAGUCUGUGAUAAACAGAGAGAGAUUUUCUAACAUCUGCUACCAGUUCUGGUAUUUUCUCCUCCUCGAGCACAUUUUUUUCAUCUCUAUUUUUAUUUUCUUUUAUUCUGGGAAUCGAAGUAUGCUUGAAAAAUUGAGCUACCUGGAAUUCUGCUCCUCCUGUGAUCUACUCCCAAAGUAACUGUGAUUUACUUUUCUGUUGACUUCCCAAAGGCAGAGGAAGAGCCAGACAGAGUGUCUAAUGGCUGCUAAUUAUCAUGGGAGUGUACAGAAUAGUUCAAAUUAAAGUUUUAAGUAUUCAUCCUUCGUGGUUUAAAUGUUUGCAUCAGCUUGGGUGGGAUUAGCACCACUAUAAGAGGUUUUAAAGACAGUUUACCGUUAACACAAAGCGUCUCUUCUUCUCUUUGUGUGCUGUAGCUUUUGACCAAAGGCAGUCAGACCACAGAGAUGACCCUGCGCCGUAACGCCCUGGGACAGCUGGGCUUCCACGUGAACUUUGAGGGCAUUGUUGCAGAGGUGGAACCCUAUGGCUACGCAUGGCAGGCAGGGCUCAGGCAGGGCAGCCGACUGGUGGAGAUCUGCAAGGUGUCGGUGGCCUCGCUGUCUCACGAGCAGAUGAUCGACCUGCUCAGGACCUCUGUCACUGUGAAAGUGGUCAUCAUUCCCCCACACGAGGAUUCCACACCUCGAAGGUAGUGGAUUAAAUAAGAAGUACAUUCGAUGUAUGAAAGAGUCUGUUUUGUACUGCUGUCUUCUCUAAACACUUCAUGUCUCAACAGAGGCUGCUCAGAAAUCUACCACAUGCCGCUGGUGGAUUACAAGAACCACAAAGAGGGGAUGCCCUAUGAGUUAAAGUUCCCCUUCCGCCCAGCCAACAACAACACAAAGUGGCCACGCACGUCAUCCAGCCCUCAAACUCGCCCUGCUGGCACAGGAGGAACCCUGAUCAAAGCCCCACCACCAGACUUCAGUGAACGCAACUCUGCUGCUAUGCCUCGAAGUGUGUCCAGUGACGGCCGACCCCUCAACCACAAAAGGUCUCAGAAAAAAAAGCAAAAAAACAAUCACACUGAACACAUGGAGGCCUGGCUGCUGUUGGCGUUUUCUGUCAUAAUAACUCUCUUUUGCGUCAUCUCAGGUAUUCCCCCGGGAACGACAACUAUGCUCUGGCCUGCUCCAUCGUGAUGGGACGCACAAUGCACAACACAAACUCACCUGCCACGCUCUCCUACACCGACACCAUGAGCUCCGGCCACUGGAGGCAGAAGUCCAUGCCUGAUGGGUAGGUUUUUCCGCACCUCGUCAUGAGUUUCCGUGUGCUUUCAUUCGCCUGCUGCACGACUGAACAAGAAAGAUGACAUCUGCGUCUCCCCCUCUAGGUUUAACAACAACUGCCAGUCCCCUGUGUCUGCUGUGAGGCAGGGGGCAGGUGAGGGGGCCAAUGGGAUUAAAGCAUGCUCCAGUGUAGGAUGGUCCCGGAGUGUAGAGGGGGAGGCAAUGAGCAGAGCGGGGGACAAAACAAAUGCAGGUAAGAGAAGCGGAAGUUUCAGUAUUGGCAAUAGUUGAUAAUACAUAGAAUAAUGCACUUUUUAUAUACUUUGAUUUUACUGUAAGCGUUUACUGUUUAUCGGCAAAUCUAAUCACCAAUAUGUCUCUGCUUCCUGCAGAAACUAGUGUUUCGAAACCAGUGAUCCCUCGUCCACAGCUGUUGGAGCAGAGUGGCCACAUAUCUCCUAAUAAAGGCGCCAAGGUGAGCUGGAAGCAACAACACUUACGCUUCUUUCACACAUGCACAAAGUUUUGGAAAAUUUGACAGAAUUAUCCAAGUGAGCUGUGAGUGAAAGGAGGAAGAUCUGAGUUCAUCACCCAAACUUCACCUAGUGUAUUCUCUGCUAGCCUCCUGGUAUCAUUUUAGGGUAAAGUCUGGGUUAGGUCCUGUGUAUGAAAGAGGAUUAGUAAUAAUAAUUAUUAAUAACAGGAAGGAGAUUAAAGCCGAGGUUUUGACAUUAAAGUCGAAAUUUAAAGAUUAAAAGAAUUGAAGUCAUGUCAAUAAAGUUGAAAUUUCAAGACAACAAAUCGAAAUUUUCGAGAUUAAAAUAGAAAUUUUGAGAUUACAAAAUGUCAUGAAUAAUGUUAAAAUUUUGAGAUUAAAAAAAAUAAAAUUUUAAGAUUAAAGUUGAAAUUUUGAGAUUAAAGUCGGCAUGAAUAAUGUCAAAAUUUUGACUUUUUGAAAUUUCAACUUUAACCUCAAAAUGGUAAUUAAAAAAAUCUCCCUCCUGUUAUUAUUUUUUUCUCUUUUUGUGGCCCAUAUCCUCUUUCGUACAUGUGAGGAAGCAGCAGCUAAUCUUCAGGAUAAUUCUCUGCUAAAAGUGGCGGAGGGAGUCAGCAGAGACUGUUGAUGAUUCUCAUGCAGCUGGUGUUCUGUAUAAUUUUGCUAUUUGGUUGAAAAAUUCCUGCUCGAAUUGGUAACGAAGGUGUACAGUUUGCACUUUUUAUUAAUGUAUUCAGCUCACAGUGGGAUAGUGGGCUGUAAGAAUUGGCGGCAUGUUUUUGCACACUAAUAUGAAUUUAUACCAGAUUAUAGGAAAGGUUGAUCAUAGUGGACCAAUAGCCUUUGUAAAAUAAUGCACUCUGUACUGAAUUACUUAAUACCACAUCUAUGACAGAGUAUUAGGGCCACAUUGAGAAAAAAAACCAUGAAGACUUUGAGAUCAAGGUCGUUAAUUUACGAGAACAAAGUCAUUACUAACGAGAAUACAAUUAUUACUUAUGAGAAUAAAAUCGCAAUGAAAUCAUAAUGAUACUUAUGAUAAUGUGGUGCUGAUGUGCCAAAAGAUGAAGUAUCUCCUUGUUUGUGAAACCUGUAUUGAAGUACAUUGUCAUGAAAUGCCCCAUGGCUCUCAUUUCAACAUCUGUCAUCUUAAACAACAGGUUAGAAUAUAAGGACUUUAUUCUGACUUUAUUCUCAUAAGUAAUUAUUUUAUUACAAUGUUCUUAAUCUCGAAAUUUCGACUCUAUUCAUGAAAUUUAUUUUUUUAUCUAUGAUUUAGUAUUUUAUAGUUUUUUUUAUUUAUUUUUACUUUUAUCUCGAAAUGGAAAUCAAAAAAUCUCCCUCCUUUAGUUAUUUUUUUCUCUUCUUGUGGCCCUAAUCCUCUUUCGUACACAUCACUACUGUCCGUCAGUAAGAUUUUCAGAGAAGCAAACCUUCAUGGACUGAUGUCCCCUUUUGAAUGAUACUCCCACAGGGGACAAACUUCACAAUAUAAGAUUAAAGAACAGGGUCAUGAACCUUUUACUCACUUCUCUUCUCCAGUAUUCAUUUCACUGAUCUGUCAAUAUGUUUGAUUUCUUGUCACAUAGAUGGAAAAAAAUUGUUGCUAAAGUGCACAUAUUUGUUGCUGAGUGCCAACUUUUUAAAAAGAAAUUAACAUUAUCACAGUCGUUAUUGCCAUUUUUUGCUUGUAUCAUGUAUUUCUUCAUCCAUCUACUAUCCAUGGCCCUAGCUAGAGCAGCUGCAGAAUGUAUAUACACCUAAACUAUCAUUGCUUAAGCAAAACUACAACAUUAGGGAGGGCUACGAUUAUUAUUUUUAUUAUUGUGGAAUCUCAAAGUGGACGACUCUGGAAGAUUUUUCUUCUUUCUGCUCCUUUUCAUUCACAUGUUUGCGAUUUUUCCUUGUUUGUAUUGAAUGUUUCAUACACUAACAGUAUGAAAUAAAGUAUCAACAACAAAGUCAUUUUAUAUAUUCUUAAAAUAUUGACGAAUGGUGUGAUUUAUUUCCGUAGCCUGAUGGUCCGUACUCAUCCAGCCAGUCAAGCAGCAACACACUCUCCAGUAACGCCUCCAGCUCUGCCCACAGCGAUGAGAAGUGGUACGAAGUGGGCUCACGUUCAGGAGUACGCAGCGAUCUCGAGCUCAACGGCUAUCUCCAGGGCGCCUCCACCGAUAGUGGCAUCGACGCCACCUCCUUUACUGCCACGCAGAGCAGCACAGCUUCCUCCACCGGUGCCUUCAGGGCCAAAGACAAAGUCCCCUGGCAGGAAGACUCAGCAGGCAGCCAGAGGACUACAGACACUCCACCUCCUGCAGCGGACGCUCUGGUCGCCGUCACAGGCAGUGAGAUCCCUGCUAAGAGUCCAACCGCUUUCCCUCUUGUUCCUGAUGGUGGAUCCUACAGCCUGAGUGACGCCGCCUCCCACUCCAGGUGUGCUGCGAUUUUUUUUUUUUUUUUCAGUCAGCAGGAGGCAGCUCAGGAAUUUCUGCUCUUGCAUCAAUGUUUCAUUAAACAGACAGUGAUUCAUUGUAGUCCAGAUAUAUACUUGGCUGGCUCCAAAAGUCUGCGGUUUGGCAUCAACAAAAGAAAAGAGGGAGAAUAAAAUAACCGCGUGUGCAAGCGUGAGUUUGUGGUUUUGCAUUUGUAUGUAUCCCAUCUACCGGUGCCUGUGAAAGAGAGGCUCUGCUUGAAGUUUCUAGAAAUGCAGACUAUGAGCUCAGCGCUGUUCCCCCUCUUCUAAAUCCCACUUCCUUUGAAUACACUGAAGCCUUCCUCCCUCUCCUCUUCGCUAGGCCAGAAAUAACUCGGCUCCACCAGACCGGGAUAUAGGCAACUUUGUUUCAAAGUAUGUGCGUGCACAUGUGUAGCGGCUGACAGACAGUAAACUUUUUGCUGUGAAAAUUCAAUCUGAGGAGAAAUCUUUGAAAGUGAGAGAAAACACGUUCAAGGACACCGUGUCCUAUUUUUUUAUCCAUAAAUUCAUCAGUUGAUCCAGUCUGUGGAGGAGGAACGAUGAACCAGGGGAACUACAGGGUUUUGAGAGGACUUGAGUUUAACUAGAGGAAAGGUGACCUUUACUUUGGAAUUAAUGUUUGAUGAAUUAUUUUAAUUAACCAGCAAAAUUAAGACACAAACCCUCCAUGAAAAAGCAACAAUGUCCCAUCACUCUUCCAGCCCCCAUCUCAGGAAAUUUAAUGAUCACAUGAAUUUCAAACCCAUACUCAUCCUUCACACUCCUUCUCCUCCUCCUUCUUCCUGCAGCACCCUCAGCUCCGGACACUCAGGGAGUCCAAUGUCACCACAAGAUGACGCAGCUGGCAGGGCCACAUCCCCCACUUCACAGGACUCCCCAGGGGCUAAGACCUUCUACCCCCGUCAAGGAGCGACCUCUAAGUACCUGAUAGGCUGGAGGAAACCUGGAGGAACCGUCAACUCUGUGGACUUCGGCAGCACUCGAAAGUAAGAUGGGGACAGUUUGAAGUGCUCAGCAUCUGUAGAUGUUAGAAACCUCUGCUCCUGUAGCGCUGCAUGUUGUGAAAACAGUCAUUCAGCUUAAAAAAUGUGUCCUGCUGUUUGUGCGCUUUAUGUUGAAGUGACCAAACGUGGACUGAAUAUUUAAGCCUCAUGUAUGGCUUUAAGUGUUCACCUAGUACUGCUUUUUUUAAUGGUCCAACACUGCCAUCAUGUGGUGGAAUUAAGGCUUGAGCUUUCUGUUUGACAAAUGAUUUUUUUCCUGAGAUUGAAGACUGAACAUAAUUGUUUUUCUUCAUUCUUUCAGAGCAGCAUAUGUGUCAUUGCUUCGCAUUGAAUUAAAUGUUAGUGAUCAGGCGUCUUUUAUUAACUUGAUUCCCUUCCAGUCCCAGAAUCUGAACUUUUAUGACCUUCUGUUAUAAAUCUCUGUUAUAAUGCGCCAUUAUUUGGAUUUAAGAAGUGUCUUCCCCCUUUUUCUCCAGACGGCACCAAAGCGAUGGUCUCCUGGGUGGCCAGCCGCAGCUCAGGGCCAACCUUCGGGGCGCUCAGUCACCCCAGCGGCACACUGCCAAGUCUAGUCUGGAGGAAGACCUGAAGAAACUCAUCACGCUCGACAGCCCUCCACCAACAAAUGAUGAGAAAGUAUGGAGAGAGACUUUGGUUUUACUGACUAAACUUGUGUUAAUGUUGUAAUUUAGUAACCCAAAAUGAAUUCAGACAAGAAGUAAUCACUCACCACAAUAAUAAUAAAAAAAAUGUAAUGAUUAAAAAAUAUAACUGAUUUAUUUCAGCAGAGAUUGUGAUUAUUAAGGAUUAAUUACAGUUUUAAACACAUUCAGAAAAUACUUAUUUAAUUGAAAUUAGCCACAUUUAAAUGCAAAGAAAGCUAUUGGUAGUCUUUUUUGGAGUGGUCAAUCAGACUAGGGCUGAGGCAACCAUAACGCACUUAACCCUCACCCCAGUAUUCCCACUCACCAUACCUCAGCAUUUGUUGAACCCGCCAUAACUGCCCAAGAACUAAUGACAAUAAACAGCUUACUUGAUGCAACAGAGAGCGCCUGUUUUUCCAGCAGGCUUACAUCUUUUCUACCCUCUCAAGUGACCAUUUGUCGACGUUGUUGGGCCUUUGUGAAGUGCCUGUAUCCGUGCCAUUAUAUGUAUUGUGUUUCUCUUUCUUUUUUAUUGCAUUUUAUCCUUGUUGUAAAGCACUUUGUGAUUUUAUCUAUGAAAAGUGCUAUAUAAAUUAAAUUGACUUACAUUUUGAAUUCAGACCACCCCGUUGAAGGCUGAACCUACAUCUCAAUGUGCUGGGAACGACUGCAUGAAGAGUUGUGAUGUGUGAGUUUGUGGUUAUGCAGGGCAGUGAGGAGAAAGAUGCUUAGAAAUCUGAAAUGUAAGCCAAGAGUGAGUAGCAGACUAUCAUAAUGAUAUCUUCAGAUAAUAAUCGAGUGGGUAAUAGUAUGCAAACUAACAGAUGCAGGGAUAGAAGACUCAGCCUCUGUGUUACUGAUCAUCUUGUCCACUUUGUUGUGAAGUGAAAGCGAUUCGUUUGGUUCCUGUUGCACUUUGUAACGUGUCUCAUCUGAUUCCCGUCACCCUUCUCUGCAGCCACUGUUUCCUGCUCCUCUGGGCGGUCGUCGCUCCCUGCAGAGGACCCUCUCAGAUGAGAGUAUUUACAGCGGGCAGAGGGACUCAUCCUCCAGUGGGCAGCGUGACACGCCCACUGACCUUCUGUUCAGCUGCUCCACCAUGCCGCGCUCACCCACCACACGCCAUGGAGCGAGCCGGAGAGCAUCACACAAAUCCCUGGGUGAGUUUGGGGUUUUUAUAGCUGACCUUAGAUGAGUUGGUUGUGUGAUACAUAUUGUCCCGUGGACCUUUUUUUUUUUUGUCCUAAAGCAGGAUUAUGUGAUCUGUAAUACACUGCAAGUCCCCAGAUAAUCUCCUAAAAGAGAAAACAGACGGGCUUGGCUUAAUACCUACCAUCUCAGUUUAAAAGAAGCAUUAUUUGUGUCACAGUCGUACUUCUUCCUGUACUUCUGUCAUGGGAGAAAAGGAAACAAAAGCCCCUCAGUGUGAUUUACUCUGCUGUUCCUCCCUCCCAGGAGACCUUUCAUCCUCAGAGAGCUCUGAGCUGGAGCAGGAGAGGAAGAGGCAGCAGCUGCAGGACUCAGCUCUCAUGCCACUGCCUGACUCCGGGGCAGAUGGCCCGCUUGACUGGGCCCACCUGGUGGACGCUGCGAAGGCCUUUGAGGGUAGGAACAUGUCAUGAUUUUAAUUCCUCAAAGCGAAGGUUGAAUACUGGGAGACAUGGCAGGUUUCACCAGAAGAUGGCACUGUUGGUCUAGGUUCCCUCGUUCCAGGUGUAACCGUCUUUUCAUUUCUUUCUUUAUGCAGAGCAGAGGCUGGUGUUCUUGGCAGCCCAGGAAGAGAGCGCCAUGGCUGAGAGCGCAGCAGCAGCCGCCAGCCCUCAGCAGGCAGAACCUCAGGCAGCCCCGCUGAGACAGCCUUCACCCGGGUAAAAGGCCUCAGGUCAUGGUCUGAGACCAGUGUUAGCUUUAAUCCUCUGUGGUCCAGCACUGUGUCAUGGUAGACCCCCUGAUCAAACUCUACUGCAGCUGAUAUCUCUAAUUAAAUCUCUGCUCUGGUUAACCACAUGCUAAACUGUUAAAUCAGCGACCAUAGGGUUUGGCUGUAAACAAAAUCUCUGCAGCUGCUUCCCUCUGAAGAUUCAGUUUGUUUCAGCUAAUGUCCUGUCUGUCCUUUUCCAGAGAGACCCCAGCCUGCCUGAUGGGGAAGGUCAGCCAGCUGGAGUCCAUGGUAAAGGCGCUACAGGAAGACUUGAAGAAGGUGAGUUAUUGUUUAAUAAGAGGAAGCCCCCGGAACGGAAAAAUUGAAUUACAUGCAACAUAAACGCCACUCAAGCAGAUUUAGAUCAACAAUAUGUGAUAAAUCCAAUUUAUUGCCCAAUUUGUAAUCCAAUUUACUUUUUAAUGUCAGUGUUGCAGAUUGCUCACUCAUGUCUUUGUCACCGACAGGAGAAGGAUGCGAAAGCCACACUGCAGAUUCAGAUUCAGAGCCUGAGAGAGGACAACCAGCGUCUCCUGGAGGAGUCUUACAGCGCCUCGGCUAAGCUCAAGAAGUUUACAGAGUGGGUCUUUAACACCAUUGACAUGAACUGAUGCACACAAGUCAACAGCUGCUCGUCACUAGGAGUUUGACCACUACUCAAACUGAACCUCUGUGCUGCACAUACAGCAGAAUCACUCACCAUGUGAACUGUUUCUUUUAAGCAUUCAGAACCAGUGCCAACAUGGACCUAACACGACCGCCCUCCUUCAGCCUUGUGAAUCUGUGGUGCCAUCGCCAUAAAAGACUACAUCAAAUUUUCAAGGGGGAAAGAGCAGCAAGCAGCGUGAUGGUUUUUCAGUUUAGAUCAGCAUGCACUCCCUUCCUUUAAUUUCACAAAUAAUAAGAAAUGUUUCUUAUUGACUGGAUUGUUGGUAUCCCGCAUGUCAGAGACAGCAAGAUGUCGGCCUAAAGGGAUUCAAGCCUCUGUUCCCAUGUAGCUCCUAGGCUAACCUAAUUACAAGUGAACAGAUUUUCAAUUAAAACCCCCCAACACAAAUUAAAUUGUGUUCCUCCCAUGAAAGUGAGUUAAAAAAAAGCCCUGUAUUCCUCUAAAAGAGGUUGACAUUUUGAAAGAAUGAAGCGACAGUGUGCUGUUGAUUCAUUAUAUUAAAACAAUCUGAAAUCAAACCAAAUAGGAGGAACAACACUGAUUGUUUUCUUUCCAAUCAAGAGUAAAUAAGCUAUACCUGACACGAUGUCAUCCUUCAUACUAUGCUAUGCUUUUUUGUAGCAGAGUGGGUAAGAAGAAACAGAUGGAUGGACCCUGUAUGUAGCACAUAAUUGCAAAACGCUGUAGGGUCAGCUGUCUGUCUAUAGAGCCUGUGUAAUAAGACUGUACAAGUGUAUCUGAUGUUUAAUUCCUAGAGGUUUAAAAACAAGUGAGUCUUAUAUAGGACGAAUGGUCACAAGCUUAUGAAAAGAAUAUAUAUUGUAAUGAAAAUACAGGACAAUAUUGGUGCCAUAAAAAUAGAGACUGAUAGUAAAGUGUAUUCAGAGUAUUGUAAAUAUGUGAUGUAACAUUUAUUUUCUCAUCUCUGCCCUUCGAUAUAUUAUUUAGAGUAUUUGUGACAAAGAUGACGGCCUAAUAAAACAGCAGGAUGCAGUGAGAGAUCUGAAUUAUUCAUUUAACACAUAAGAGAAUAUUUACUGCUUAAUCCAAAGUUUUCAGCAGGGAAAUACUUUUUCAGCCCUGCGUGCAAUGUUGGAUUGAGAGAGAGAGCGCUACCUAGUGUUGACAACAUGUAAAAUGCUACAUGAGACUGACCCUUUCUCAUUUCAGGGCUCACUUUAAGGCCUCAUCUGAUCCUGAACUCUCUCAGUAGAUCAUAUCGGUACUGUUCCUUAUAUGAAAGUAAGAUAUUGUGUAAAUCCUGAAAUUCCUUCUACAGAGUUUUCUGUAGAUCUGAUCCUGAAUAGCCCAACCUGAAUCUGUCCUGUAGAUUUCCAGACAAAGACCUUAUUGAAGCCUCAUAACUGUUUCCUUUUGUACUCGAGAGACUGUGCAACUGUAUAUAAAAAGAAUUUGAUAUUCAUCAGAAAUUUGCACCUUCAUUCUUAUUUUUUCAAGAUAACUUCUGAUGUAUUCUGCUUUAUGGGCUAGGUGUUAGUGGAGAGGACCAAUAUGAGAGAUAAACUGGGGAUAAGACCACGAGCCAGAGUCAGACCAAUGAGUUCCGGGCCCCCCAUGAGCACAGCAGAUCAGCCCCUGCACCUUCAUUCUUUAACAUGUGUGGCAGCAUGUGAAUCUGUUUCCAUUGAGCUGUGAUGUGUAAAAAAUGUUUAUAUCUAUUAAAGAUAUUUUGUUGAAUUACACCUCGUCUUACAGAGUGGUCUCUCGGCUUUGCAGGUAUAUGCUUCACACACCAUUAACAUCAUCAUUGAUACUGCCAAGAAGGAUCCAACUUGUAAAGUAUUUAAAUUAACAAAACCCCGGAGCGUAAUCUACCUGCUGGGGUCAUGUAAAGUGCAUCUGAGAGUAAAUGGAUACCUGUCAGGAGGGCUGGUAGGAGGUGGGAUCCUGCUGUUGUAUUGUGAUUAACAUAGAGCUGCUGUUUUUCCACUUAGGCAUGAUUACCUGAAGCAGUAGCCCUGACGGAGACAAGCUGAGAUCAGACAGACUGAUGGAUGAAGAUAACAAGAGAGGGGCCGGGGUGAAGACAAGGAUGAUUACGAAACCGAAACACUACUGGAGAAUGUCUUACAGACCUCCAGCUACACUGCAAAACUGUCAAAGGGUAUUUAGCCAGGUAAAUAACAGGCGUAAAUAUUUACAGUUUGUCUUGUAGUACCGUCAAGGUCACAGGUAUAAUAGAUAGAGUUGACUCCUCUUGUUCAUACUGGCAGCUUUUAAAUCCACUAUUAUGAGGAAGUCACAUGAACAAGGUCCCGAUCCAAGGCUACGACACCUAGAUUUGUCAGAUCUAGACUAAAUUAUCAAACUCUGACACACUCCUGAAAAAAAAAAAAACAGUUUUAGAUUUAUGAAAACUUGAGAUGGUUUGUGAAAUACAAAAAAGGGCAAUUUCACUGUUCUGUUUUCUUCUUCACCUCUACUCUUCAUCAGAUCUGAUAUGAAACCCUAGGUCCUUUACAUGUGAGUCCUCUUAAAACACACUUUUAGAUUUGUGGAUCAGGUCCUGAUCCUGAAUCACAACACCAAGACUUGUGAGAUCUGGAUUAGUUAUUCUUUAGAUUUGUGAAAACACACGAAACAGCAAUUUCACUGCUUUUUUCAUUACAGUGGGCCAGGUCCUUAUGUAGGACCACUUUACUUAGACUUCUGAGACGUGGAGUGAAUGACCUUAUACUAGUGCCACUUUAAGAUGAACCAGGCUAGAUCCUAGGCUAGAUCUCACUCGUCUUUGUAUUGUGGUUCUGAAUCAGGACCUAUGGUGCAAUGUAGUCUGGUGGUGAAAAAGCAGUCUUAGACGAUUUAGUCCAGAUGCCACAGGUCUAUGUGAGGUUUUGGAGUAAUGCUAAUGGCCCCUUCACUUCAUACACUGUGGUGGAUUAAAUUACAUGCUAUCAUCUUUCUAUGCAAGCAUGUUCCCAUUAGCAUAGCUAACUUUUGACAUUAAAAAAAUGUUAUUUUACACAUACAGUAUCUAGUUCAUCAUCUUGCCUGUUAUCAUAGCAUGGUAACAUUUGCAUAUUUGCAGCUAAAAAAAACUGAUUUCAGCUACUGGGGACAUUUGAUAUUGACCUGUUACUGGGAAAAGGUUAAAAGGUCAAAAGAUGGACAAAGAUGUGAGUGCAGUAAGAAUACCAUUGGUAAAUUUUAAAUGAAACUGUAUUAACACAGGUAAUGUAAAAUGUAAAAUACAAAACUUGAUAAGCUCUCUGGAGUGUUUAUAGACUGACUCAAGGUAUGAAUAUGUAGUUUCAUGCCAGGUCUAACUAUUUAUCUGUAUAGCUUCAUUCUGUUCCAUGGGCUUUUAUUUUGAAAUAUUUACUUAAAUAUGUUGUUUCUGUCUAAUUCAUAUUUUGUCUUGUAUGAAACCAUACCUUCGCACCCUGACCUAGAAUUGCUCAGCAGAUCAGCAGAGAUCUAUUGAAUGCAAGGAAACAGUUCAUAUGGAGAGUGAGGGGAAAAUGGAGGUUGAAUGGUGGAAUGUGAUCCAUCAUAAUGUAAUUCAUGGACCCAUCUGUGGUCGUAUCUAUCAACAGUUUAGCUGUGAUUCAUGUCUCUGAAGGGAUAACUGCAAAGAACAAAUGUAGCUUCUUAACCCCAGCUCCUUUCUUGCUUCUCAAGUUGCUGGUCGGACCCUAAACCUUUACC